AAUGAAGAAGAAAAUGGACAUCAAAAGACAUCACUACAGCUCAUUUGCAAGGUUUCUUCGCAGAAAUCUAGGCUUGUGGUCGUGUUUUGCUUACGGAUCUUGAUUCCUGUGGAAUUUUUAAAACGGUAGACUCAGCAAGAUUCUUAACAUCGCGCUGGAAAAGGUCGCAAAAAUGGAGUUCGUCAAAAAGGUUCUAACACGAUCUGGAAGACCAGUUUCCAAUGUAAAUCAAAGCUCCAACCAAGAUGAAGCGCUUUCCUUGAUGCAUUUGCGAAAACUUUUCAUGGAAUUCCUUCAUUCGCCUGUCCCACUUACAGUGCGUGAACAGGAAUCUAAACUCUACAUGAUGUUGCCCUUGUUUUGCAAGGUGUUUGGACAGGCUAAGCCUAGCAGUAUGACCGAAAAGUUCGGGGACGUUUGUCAAUUUGCCGCUCAUGUUUCUCGGCUUAUGGUGAGCGAAAUUCGUCGGCGAGCGGCUAAUCAAUCCAAUGAAACCGCUAGUAAACUAAUUUUUGCUUUCUUGAUGCGUGAUUCUGCGGAAGACACUGUUUCUGGUUGGAAUCUUUUAAAUACACUGAAUAUUUUAGCUUCAGCCGAUACUCCUGUGGUGGAAUGCAUGGUAGCUGCUAGCCUACCCUCCAAUAUGGUCAAAUGUCUUUAUUUAUUUUUUGAUCUACCUCUUCUUGAGAAAACUAGUGACAAGAGUACUGAAGACUUGCAAGAUGAUGCUUUAACGGUGCAGAAACUAUAUUCCCAAGUGUUGGUAAAACUAUGCAAUUAUAAAGCUACUUCGCGUGAGCUUGUGCACACUGAUGACUUGGCGUUACUUUUUACAGCUAUUUCUUGUCCAAUUGCCAAACACAACUUACAGUGGCGAACCUGUGUGUCAGAGAUUUUAAUGACUCUCACACGGCAUGGAUUGGAUAGGGAGGUUGUUAAUUAUAUUCACAGUAAGUAUGCAAUAUUAACGUACAAGUGAUAGUAAAAAAAGUAUCUAAUUAAUUAAGCUAUAGUCUUUUAUAUUUAAAUACCAUAGGACAGUGAUAUUCUUGCUUUGGCAAAUAGCACUGAGCUGUUAUUAGUAAUAACAAAUUUUGACUUUUGUUUUCCAAAACAUUGGGAAGAUUUGAGUGAUUCAACUCAAAAAUCGCUUCUAAACUAUUCUAAAUAUGUGAUAAAAAUGAUUUUUUAAACAAUGGUCAUUUUGGCUUUGAUCAAAAAGUAACAAAAUAAGAUAAAUACAUCAAUAUCGUAAAGAAUGGAGUUUUAUUUCUUUCCUUUUACUCUUGUUGUCCUUGUUACUUGUGGUAUAUUAAUUUUGUACAAUAUAUGAUCAACUUUCUAUUGAUGCUUAUGAUAAAGCUACUAGACUGAAAAUGGUGAAUAUUCUUUCUUCGAAAAAAGAUGCCCCACAGGUUGGGGUAUUGUUGUCUGGACAUGUCGUGCCCAAUGAAUGAAUCUGGUGCAAAAUUUUUGUUGAUUGGUUUGCAAAUUAACAUGUGAAUGAAUUGUUUAGACUGCAGUCUUGACAUGUUUUGAAACAGAAGUAUGGGAAUUUUUGGCAAAAGUUUUAUCUUACAAUUUUGGGAAAUAUAAUAAUUUUUAUCCUUUCCCUCCCAAGAUCAAGAUUCAAGAAGAGAUCAAUGUUUAUUUUUUAAAACUCUUGGAAACAAAAGAAUAAAAUAGUAACCUUUUAGAUCUGAGGAUGAUUAUGACACAGUGUACAUUUACAGAAUGGAAUUUCAUUUACAGAAUGGAAUUUUAAUUUACAGAAUGGAAUUUCAAACCAGUGAUGUCUUCAACACCCUCAUUUUUUCCUAUUGCUCACCAGCACAUAACAGUGAUAAAAGAGAUACCAUUGCUUUGAUAAGUGAUUAUUUAAAGCACAAAAACUUGGUUUUGAAAACUUGUACUUGUGCUCAGUCUCAUAUUCGUACUCUCAUGUAAAAGUCUCAAGUCUGCUGAUAAGAUUUAAUUUGAACAUUCACUCUAUUGGCCUUUCUACAAACUCAAAAGUUAAAAUGAAAAUUUUAUUUUAUUAAAGCUUGCUGUAAAACUAACAGAGUUGAAUAUUCAAGCAUCUGCUUCUUUUUGAAGGUAAAUCCUGCCUUGCACAGUGCUUGAUGAACAUGAGAAGGAUUCAGCAAGUCAACCCUUUAGAGCUUGUAGAAAUGAUUGUCACCUUGGUCUGCUGUCUGAAAGACUCAUCUGACAUUUCACAUUAUUUACUGGCUGAUUUUCGCAGCUGUCAUGGUUAUCUGUUUUUGUCAGACUUGUUGUUGACGUUGGGUGAGAUGGCAGGGAGUGAAGCACGGGAAGCUUGUAGGAAUGUUGUCUUGCUUGUGUCAUCACUUGUAAUGAUUGGUCAUGUAACUCUAAGGCCUCUCAUCAGCAUUGGAGCUCCAUUCCAGGAUCCCACCUUUCAGAUUCCAGAACCUCUGGGUGGAGGUUUGUUACAUUUUUAGUGUUGAUUUUUUGAUCUUUGUUUUUUGUUUGUUUGGUGUUGGUGUUGUGGUGGUUAUUAUAAUUUGCUAACCUUGCAAAAUAAUUAUCAAAUCCAGUAAAUUUACAGGUACUCCACCCAAAUAAUUAGAAACAAAUAAUACAAUAACCGGAAAUUAAAAAAACUCAACUGGUAGGAGGCAACAAAUUGGCUAUUUACAAGACUUAGUGUGGCUGACAGAGAAUUUGAAAUUGGGACAACUGAGAUCAAAUCCAGUAAGUGGCCAGAGCAGAACUCGAAGCUGAGACCGCCUGAUUGAAAGUUUGAAGUGCAGGCCACUCAGCCACGUUAGACUAAAAAUAUUUAGCUGUACUAGAAAUACGUAUCUUGCAAUAAGCCUUGCGAAACUCGGUGUGGGAACGGCACUCAAGUUAAGCCCUGUCGGUCGGGGUUAUGAACUGGACGGGUGACCAACCGUGAAUAUCGUCUUAAAGGUCCAUACAUUGUUCUUACUUUUCUUCUUCUUCUUUUUUGCGUAUUAUGUGGUGUUAUUGUUAACAGUGUAUUGAAGAGCAGAUUUAGCAUUAUUUCUGCGUCUGGAUUUAGAAAAAGAAAAAAACAAAGAACAAAUAUGGCCUGGUGCAGUUCGCCUGAAAAUUAUCAUUCUUCGGGCCGUAAUACAGAGCUGAAACUUUAGAGACUUUGAUCUAUAUAUCGGCGGGGAAACCAGCAAACUAAGAAAUCUGUGUUUUCGACAGUGUAAAAUGAUCAUAAUGCCUCUGAUUCCAGUCUCCUGUUCCUCUGUCUCUUGUUGUCGGCGUUGCCUUCGCUGUGGUAAGCGAUGUUCCUUCUGUUCCGCGGUUUCUUGUUGACAUCUUCUCCUUCGUUGUUCACGCUGAAUUUGAAGUCGGCAUUCUCGCACCAGAGGAGUUUUGGUGGAAAAUCUUCCUGGGCGAGGAUUUGGAGCCAUUUGGUUGUUGUUUCACUUGGAGCCAUUUGCAUGGGAAAUUGUUCAUGAUUCACCGAUGGUAAACUUUGUUUCAGUGGUCAUCGGCGGUGAAGUCUAUGUUGCCUGGAAAUGCAAAAUGCUCCAUGACAUCACUGGCGGAUGCCAAGCAUAUAUUCAGAGAGAGAUUUAUGAAGCCUCGAAUUUCGCAGCUGGCUAAGACCAGGCACGGUCAGCAGACUGCGCGCGUGCUUUGCGUGCAACAAGAUUAUAAAGUUGUUUCACGCGGCGCUCCGCGCUGAGCUUCGCUCGGAAUAAUACUUCAUGUAAUAUGCAUGACUGGUAAGACUACUAUAAGUUGUUAAAAAAGGCAACUUAAUGAAUUGCAUGCAUCCUGUAGUGACAUUAAUUUGUAUAAAGUUUGAUUUGGAGUGAAACAUUAAUGGCUAUUGUAUUUUGCUGUGCUAGCUAGUUUUGCACUGAUGUUGAAAACAUGAAGAAAUUUUGCUGGUCUUUUUUCUGCAGGAGUCAGUGUAAGAAAUAUUGAAGCAUUUCACGUUCUACAAACUGUUUUUCUCAAGGUACAAAAUUUUUUUUGAUAGUAUGAUAUGUAAUUGUAAAUACAAUAAUAUUAUUAUUAUUCAUUCAAAAUAUUUUUCUGUUUCUGACUGGCUAAAAUCCCACACAUAAUUCUUUAUAACCAGCUAUUGUCAACCAAAUUUGGAAGGACUGUGUGAUAUUUGAAAAAUGAUGUCAAAAGUGCUGCAAAAUCGCCAGAUUAUUGAACCAUUAACCGAGAAGACCUGGGUAGGAGGUUGAGUUGUUUUGGUAGUGACUGCAAAAUGGCUACCCUGGGAGCAGUGGUUUCUCCACACUGGACACUAUGGUCCCUUUGUAGCGUAGCAUCCGGCCUGGAGAAACCACUGCUCGCAAGGUACAAAAUGGCAGAACAUUUCACUCAUUUCAUGAGGAAGAAAUACUAGGCAAACCAUUGGCUAAAAACAUAUUCUCUAAUGGGAGACUAUUUGCAGACCUGAAAAACCCUUUAUCUCCCAUCCUCAAAUACCCAGAGGCAGAUAGUGGGGGGCGAGAGAAAGUCUAAACGAGUGGGAAAAUAUGGCACAAAGAAAAUUAAAGAACGGCGAGAAGAGCCCCUGGGGACAAUGUCUUUCCAGACUAGUUCCAAACUGUUGCGGUCGUUCUGGCUUUUGAUUGGUGCCAGAAAACUACAAAAGUUUUCUUUGUGCCAUAUUUUCGCGCCCAUUUAGACUUUCCCUCGCCCCCACUAUCUGCCCCUGGAUCUCCGAGGAUGUUUAUCUCCUAAACUUGCCAUUAAACAUGCUCUAUUGAAGAUGUACUUAACAUUGAUGGAGGUACAUGUAAGCAUGUUUUAGCUUGUUUUUAAAGUAGGAAUUAUUUUGAAUGAAUAAUGAAACAAUUAUGAAUUCGGCUUUGGUGUCAACUGAAGAAUUAUGGAGAUUGAGGAGGGUAGAUUUUCAUACCUUACAUAUUGCUUAUACAGAGGUUGGAGCGUAGGGUUUCCCUUUUGGCUGCACCCCAUUUGCCCAAGAAUUUUUUUCAAGAAGUGUUGUGUAAGGCUUGUCAAGUGGUUCCUGGUCACUGUCUGGCUGCAAGGAGUUUAAACAAUCUGAACUAUUUUAGGCUGUGUGUGUUGCAGAGUCCAGGCUUUUAAAGUUUACCAGAUAUUAUUAUUUUCUUUAACUAAGUUAUUAUCUACUGUGCAUACCACUAUUACUAUGUGUAAUAUUCUAAACAAAACCAAUUCCUUUUAUGGGAGUGCAUAAGCUCACAAUGAUUGCCUGCUUAUCCCAAUAUCAUUGCCUUGAUAACUUAGUUUGUUAAAGAUUGCAUGGCACUGAGAGGGUGGAUAUAAUGUUCUUGAAUCUCUUUGAAUUGUUUUUCAGAUACAUUAAUUUUUUUGCAAAUUUCAUAAACAUUGUCUACAAUAUUGCAGUAACAAUGCCUUAAUUGAAAACCAGCCAUGUUCUUGAACUUGUCCAGCAUACAUGUAUGUAGCUUACCACCUUUUGAUAUUCAGUGCCAGAACUUUAGUUUAUUCAAAUUGCCUCCUCUGUGGUACCAAGCAAACUCUCCAUGAAUAAUUAUAGGUAUUGAUAUAUUUGCAGCAGUACUCAAGUGGUUAUUGCCUUUUCUUUUAGACAUCAGACAAACUUCUUUGCCUUAACAUUUUGGAUUGCAUCAAUAACAUCUACUGUUCUGAUAAUGCCAAUUUUUUCAUCCUUGAACCACAACAUACCUUGUCCCUGUUUAUUGAGAAGGCACCAGACAAAGAUACUGAAGUACAGGAGAAAACCUUCAAGAUCUUGGAACUGGUGAUUUGUAAUUUGAAUUGGGUUCCAUGUCCUGAGUUGAUCUCUGUCAGCUUGCUUUUUAAAAACAAGAGGUAAGAUAUAAUCUUUUCUUGUUCCAUUAAUUAUCAGGAAGUUCCUGAGCUAUAAUAUCCAUAAACUGCCACUUUAAACUCCCCAGUUAUAGGCCCAUCUAAAACUACUGUAGCUGAUUAUAAGCCCUCUUCUAGAUUUUAUUUUUACAUAUUAAAAUAAAUUCAAUGUAUUAUGACAUUUUGAAGCUUUGUUUAAAAUCAGCAAAUGCAAAACAAAUUUUGAUGAGCAUUGCUAUUUUGUUUCAAAGUGAUUUUUCUAUUCCAACUAUAAUUCUCCUUGGAUAUGUUUCAAGCAAAAUUUGAUUUCAGGUUAAAUUUUUUCAACCUAGAUUGAUUCUCAAUUUCCUUUGUCUUCUAGGGCUAGGAGACAUUGCAGAUUGAGAAUCAACGUAGGUUACAUGUAUAUAAAAAAUAACCUGAAAUCAAAUUUGACCUCCUAGAAGCCCUCCUAAAGCCCCUUACCGAGAUGUAUGAGCCCAGUGCUUAUAGGUGGCAUUUUACAGUAUUUUAUUUUUUAGGUUUACAAUGCCUCACUAUUAUUAUAAAGCUUAUACAUCUGUCUGGAUUUCUUACAAGGUGCCUGUACUGAGUCUCUAGAUGGUCAAGUCCAAGGAGCAAUUCUCCCCACCCAUGAAGCUUAUGACUAAUCAAUCACUUCCCCCAAGCUCUGCUAGUAGUGUUAUGAUUAUGAGUCUCCGCAUUGAUUUGGCUGGCCUAGGCCACAGGAAAAAUUCUCUGACUUUGCACUGCUUUCUGACAUAAGACUCUAAUCAAAGUGACAGAAUCUCCCCUCCCUAACCCCCUGGUUUUCACACAAAACAAGGAAGCCACCCACCCACGGAUAGGUUUGGGCCUGGGCUCUCAGCUGACACCCAGCGAGACGGCAAGCCCCCUGGUUUUCGGCUACACUGGCUUGAACAUCGCCCGUGUUCAAGCAAAAACUUAGCAGGCACCUUUUAGCAUAAUCACACAGACAUAUAUGUACACAAAAACUGCAUAUUACAGUGAAACCGGUUGUUUUUUCGCGCGCCACUUUGCAAUAUUGUCACGCAAUGUUGGUAUUUUGAUUGGCAGUUUGCUCCAAGCAAGUUUCAAAUUUCGAUUCAAAUUUCAAUUUGCUGCCUGAGCAAACGGUUUUUCAUAUUGGAAUAUUGUGAGUUGACUGCAAUGGCAAGCAACAUUACCUCUGUUUCAAAGAGGGAAAAAGUAAUUUCCCUCUGGUUGUCGCGCUAUCGAAAUAAAGAAAUAUGCUCAAGACUUCAUCUUUCACAUCAAACCGUCUCCAAUAUCCUUUCAAAGUUCCUGCAAAAUGGGACGGCGGCUCCGGGAAAACCAGGAAGGAAAGAACGCACACAGUCGCUACUCCAAAUGUGGCUUCCAGCAGUUGAAAUCCAACGGUACGCCUCGAACUGUAACUACACUGUAAACCUUCUCCAUAGCCGUUUUGGUAUUGAUAACUUUAAUAUUUUGGAAGGCCCUUCUAAUGGAUUUGAAAUGAUUCAUUUCUUCGAAGAAAGUUUACAAGCUGUAGACCAUGUGGGGAAUCGAAUGGAGAUAUGUUAUUGUAAUGGACAACCGCGGCUUUCACCACGGAGUUUUCGCGGAAAACCAGUUGCACUUAAUGCUAAGAAAUCGCAGUGUUGAAUUAAUUUUUUAACCCCCUUAUAGUUAUGAGUUUAAUUCUUGUGAGUUUUGUUUUAGGUCGAUGAAGGCAUAUUUGAGACAACACGAACAGUUUUCAAUUAACUUCACAGAACUUGCGAUUAUUCAAGGUUUGCAAACAAUCACGCCAGCUAUUUCGCAAAACAUUUUCAGUCAUUGUGGAUUUGUCAGUUAAAAGUUACUUUCUGUCCAAAGCCUCGCGAAUUCCACACAAUGCGUGUGAUAUGUGUGCCUAAUAUAGUAUAAAAAUGAAGUUCAUAAUUGUUUUGAACGGGUCCAAAUACCGGACAGUGGGAAUGUAUACACAAACACCUUUUUAGUACACACAGAUGUCAAAUAAAAGCAAGAUUGUGUUUAUUCACUAACUUAACCAAGCAUCAGUGUUCUACAGUAUUAUAAAACUGAAAUAAUAUGAAAUGCAAGGGUAAUUAAGGCAAUCAUAGAGCAAAACUAUGUCGACAAAGGAAUGUAAACAAGAUGAAUCAAUAGAACUUAACAACAAGCUCUAAAACUACAAACAUAUAUUGCAGUAAACUGUUUUCGUUUGCAACUGUAUUUUUUACUUUAAUAUGUUUUAGGUGAUUUCUUUAUUUCGAUAGCCCGGCGACCAGAGGGAAAUUACUUUUUCCCUCUUUGAAACAGAGGUAAUGUUGCUUGCCAUCGCAGUCAACUCACAAUAUUUGAAUAGCAAAUUGAAAUUUGAAUCGCAACUUGCUCGGAGCAAACUGCCAAUCAAAAUACCAACAUUGCGUGACAAUAUUGCAAAGUGGCGUGCAAAUGAACAACCGGUUUCACUGUAACAGGAAAGAGUUGAUAGUAUUUUACUUAAAAGUCUGAUGCAAGACCAGUAAUAUUAUUUAACAUAAUACAAACAAAUAUAGAUAUGGAAAAGUGUCAAAACAAUGAGUCCAAUACUAAGGGAACAAACUAAAGCCCACAGAAUCAUUGGCUAGAGAAAUUAUACAACAAAGCAAAAUCCAGAGUUUGAAGUAGAUAAUGUAGUAUGUGUAACCUUUUUGUUCUCUGUCCGGUACUGCAACAAGGUGAUUAUGAACUAAAUUUAAUUGACAUAUUUUCUCUAAAAGGGCCAUGACGAGACAUGUCUGGCAAUAGACCUUUCCUGCAUUGCUGUAAAAAAAGGCACCAAGUUAAGGCUCGGAUGGAGACAAUACAGUGAUUUGUAUGAAAAUGUCCAUCUGAGCCUUGUCCUUGUUUCUUUAUGUUUGCUCACUGGAGCGUAAUGAGGGAAAGGUCUCUUCAAGGGUUAAACCAGUCAAUACCCAGUUUCUGACUGGACAUAGUUCAUUGACCAGCUGUUAUUUCAAGUCCUGCCUUAGUUGUGAAAUAACUAAUAAUAGUUGACUGCUGCCUCUGCUCUGUAUAUUGUUGGUCAUUAGUAUUCUUGGUCAUUGUGUAGCUCUUUGAAAUAAUAUUAUUAUAUUGAUUCAUAAGUAAGUUUUUCACACAAGUUUGACCAUAUUCCAUACAACAGGUGAGAGUAACAACAGGAAACGCAAGGUUCCAUGCACUGUUUCACUUUGACUUACACAGCUUUGAUCUGAAAACAUUCUCAGUUUCGAGAAUAGUUUAUUCUAAACCAUAAGAAAGAUAAAUUCUAAUAAGAAGUUGGAAUUUUUUGCUAUUUCUCUUUCACUUUUUACAAACAGUUCAUUUUAUUUGCCGGAAGGAAAGCCUUAGAAAUUAAAAGGUUUGAUCAAUUCACGCUUGUGCAUCCUAGUCUUUUUUUAAACUUUAUAAAUUAAAGGACAUCUGUGAGCAGGGAAUAAGUCAGCACAGAAUUUGAUUGUCAGCGAAUUUCUGUAAUCGUCCAUCAUUCUGCUAGUGAUAAGCUGGCGGUUGAUUUACUCGUCUUGCUUGUUUAGGACUGAGUCUUAUUCCCUCAAAGAGAGAGAAAGAGUGUCUGGAAAAUUAUUUCCAAUCCAAGAUUUGUGAACUAAUGUCUGGCACACUCUCAAGUGUUUAUAUAUACACAGUUAAACACACCUUAUAACUUUAUCUGCACUUAACAAGUCUCUUUUGGUCCAUAACUUUCAAAACAGGUGCUCCACAGAAUGUCACUGAUAACAGGUGACGUUAAAGAGUAGCAAAGUAUGACUAAACAAUAAAUGUGGCAAAGUCUACCUACGGGUAACCAUCUCUUAUGGGUGUGAACAAUAGAAACAUCAUUACCUACCGAUUCCCCGCAGCCCCUGUUGAAGCAAAUCAAGAUUUUUUCUGGCAUACUGAUUGUAUAUUCAACUGUAAGUCUUUCCUUAACAUAUGCACAAGUUACUAGUGUGCCUUCUCAGGAUUUCGCCAGGGCAAUUGAACAUUGUGUGGAGUCGAGGUAGUAAAGAAAUAUCUUCAAGAUCCGUUUGAUGAAGAUAUCUUUUUAUUUUCUUCUGUUUUUCCAGUUUGUCUGAUUGCCAUCAAGGAGCCCUCUGCUUUCUUAUCCGUAUUGUCAGUUAUGAUCCCAAAUUCAAAGAAGUGUUCAGAGAUGUUGGAGUGCUGGAAGUGCUUACCUAUUGUCUCAAACAGUAUGCCACUGAUUUAAAGGAAAAGCGUGAUGGUAAGUUUAUAAUGGACAUGUUGAUCCGUACCCGUGCCAAUAUAAUAUGUACCUAGAAAGACACACAACCAUCUAGGAAAACUACCUCUAGAUCAGCAAUGAACUGAUAGCCACAUUUAUCGCAAAACUGUUAUAAACUUGUUGAUGUAUAUUGUGUUCAAAUCAAUUAUGAAGUGUAUGACACAAUCAGAAUGAAAAUCCAAAACGAUCUUGUGGGAAAAAUGGUCCAUACAUGAUUGUAUACCACCAUUUGCUGAGAGCUUGAGGAUGUGAAAAGAGCUUUUCUACAGUCUUCAAAGGGUUUUUUAAAGAAAUAUUGGCUUUUCCAUACCCAGCUAAGGGUCAACAGAACCAUUUUUUUGCACAUUUGGCACAGGAACACCCAAAAAGCUAUUUGUGGCAUUCUUUAUGGAACUAAUUUCAUGAUAAAACAAACUUUGUGCCUUAAUUUGUUACGUAUCAACACACAAUAAUUUACGUGCCAUUUGUACUGGUAACAAUAUUUCCUCUUCAUUCUGUGCUUCUGAAACCAAAUUGUAAAACUUUUAGUCAUUGGCUCUUUGCAAAAAGUACCAGUGAUAAGAAGUGUACAAGCAAGUACACUGUACUUGUCCUGUAAUUUGCUUCCCUGUCACUUCCAUUGUAGUGUUGUUUAGGUUUGUUGUGUGAAAACAACCUCAAAAGAAAUGGUCUUAGAGAAACCUUUGGUAAUCAUAACUUUUUUCUUUUUUCUGGGCCCAGAAAUGAAUGUAAGUCACUUUCGUAUUUCUGAAAUAAAUUCUAGUUCUUUUCCUCAAGAAAGGAUCAUGAAUGAAUAAUUAGGGCUAGAAAACAAAGGCAAAUGAGAGUAAACCCAUAUAGGUUGAAACCAUUUUAACCUACUCUUAAUUACACAGCAUAAACAUCCCAAUCAAUUUUAUAUUACCCCUCCUUGGAUUAGCUGCAUUACUGUGAGAAUUGCUUGUUAAUUUUUAUUCAUAAUUUAUUCAUAUAAACUGAUAUAAUAAUGGUAAUCAAUUUUUAUUUUUCAAAUCAGAAGCUCUGAAAGACUCCAAUUCAGAACCGGAUGAGAGUGCUGCAUUUGAGGACAGUGUAGAUGCAGCUCUUACUGAUUAUCCUUUUCUGCUGAUGGGAUGCCUCAGACUUCUGUUGGAAAAUAAUCCAACCAAUGCCGCCAUGUUCCGUGAAUGUGGUGGAGCAAGAUGCAUCCACGACAUUGUACCAUACUCCACAUCUAGGACAGAAGCCCUGAAAAUUAUCAGAGAACUGAUUCUUGCCGGUGGUAAUGAUGAUCUAGGUAAGAUAAAAAUUGAAAAGUGGAUUUAAUUUUUUUUUUACUGUAUUAGUUAUAGCUUGAUGCUUGUAAGUGACACAUGUCUGAAUGUCUGAAUUGACCAGCCAUUAAUGCUGUCCAAUGACGUCACUGCUCCUUUGCUUUACUUUAUGCAAAAAGUAAAAUGGCAAACAGAGAAACAUUGUCUGGACAUGUCUACAUUUUACAUAAUUGAAAAACUCUUUUUGAUCAUAAUUCAUGUUCAACGUUCAAACUGUCAACUGCAUGCAGUAUUCUGAGUGAGUCUGUUGUAAUUCAAUAAUCAAACUCAAUCACAAUCACGCAAUGAAAGAAAUACACAUACGAAAGACUUCAAAAAUGCAACAAUUUCCUUUAAUUGACAAGAAGCUCUUUGGUCCUUAACGAAGAGGAAAGAAAACAAGAAAGAAAUGCUAACAGAAGGUCGAAUUAUAACUUAAAUCUCAGAAAACUUUGCAUAGACAAAAUCACUGCCAAAACCACAAAGCAGCUCUAAAUGGAAAACCUACCGACUCUUCUCAAUGAUUCUUCAUUUGUAGUUCAAUUUAACAAUUAUUCAUAGUUUAGAAGACAAGGGCAAUUUGCUGUUUAUGAUAAAGAUUGUUGAAAUAUAUUAUUUAUUAUUGAACUUCAGGCAAGUACAGUGUUUGCCCGGCAUGCAAUCCGCUGAUUAUCAAACAACAGUCCUGCUACAAUUUUUCAUAAUUAUAGUACAUAAUUUUGUGAAUGUUUGGACAAUCAACCAAUCAAAAUCACUUCCUGGUUUUCAGGUAGUGACCUCACUGGACGGCAUUAACAGCCGGUCAAGUGAGAUGUUGCUGAGGGAGUAAAAACGACUUGAAGUAAUUGUGUGAAAUUCAGGCUAGGUGAACAGUGUGUUUGAUUUGAUGUAAAUUAAUGGUAGGAGCUGUGUUUUCUUUUGUAGGUACACUUCUUGGCUUAAUGCAUUCUACUCCUCCAUCAGAGGUCAAACUAAAAUCGGAUGUGUUAGAUGCUUUGCUGAAGGUGUUUGAUCUUGACCCUAAAACAAGAGCUGUGUUCAGGGAGGUGGGAGGGUUUGUGUAUGUGAUGUCAGUACUGAUCAACAUGGAAGGAAGCUUAGCUGAUCCUGUCUCAGUGGCAUGGAAGGAUGGUGAGGAGAAGACAGGAUAGGUCAUGUUUCAUAUAAUUUGAAUGUGGGCUUGGAUAAAGAAUGCCAAUAUUUAACAAAUUAUUACAAAGAUUGAACCUACUUUAAGGCACUUUUCUAACAAUUUACUAGGGCUUCUGAUAUUUCGCGCGGUCGCGGACCCGCGAAAUUCAGGUAUUUCCGCGAAAUCCCGCGAAAUUCCCAAAAAAACGCGAAAUACCGAGAAAUCCACCAGAAAUAUUUCCAAAUACAUGUCGGUAAUUAGACCGGUUUUAUUCACCCCAAACGUCCAAAUUUAGCUUGAAACUUCGUCACUGCAACGAGUAAACAACGUCCCAAAACUACCAGGCUUUUUAGAUGAGCGUUGCAAAAACUGGGCACUAACCAUAAUGUUGCUUUAACAUUCGCUCAUUUCUCGGCGAACUGUUGUGGAAAGAGCAAAUGAUUAUCCCUGUUAAAAAAACGUUCACCAACGCUGGUCAUAUCGACGCAAAAUUGAUCGAUUUUAGCGAAAUUUACGAAAAAAAAUCCAGCGAAAUCGGCUGUUUUUACUGAUUGUUUCUUCGAAUGUGAAAAUUGACUUUUUUCCGCUAAAAUCCCGCGAAAUUGGCCGAUUUUUCUGCGAAUUUUGACUUUUCUCCCGUGAAAUCGGCCAAUUGUUCCGCAAAUUUUGACUGUUUUCCCGCGAAAUCGGCCGAUUUUUCCGCGAAUUUGCCCCUGAAAAUCCCGCGAAAUUUUGCUUUUUUUUCCCGCGAAAUAUCAGAAGCCCUGAUUUACUCAUGUACUGUCCAGCGUGCAAAGAAAGUCGUGUCCGAUAGCCGGGGGCUAGUGGAUUUUGUUAUUGGGCUAGUGAUUUUCGUUCUUAACUUGCUCGACGGGCAAGUGCUGUUUUUUUGGGGGAAAUUCAAAUUACAGAAGGAUUGUAAUCAAUCCUGCUAAUCGAAAAGGGUUUUGGGGCUAGUUGAAAUGACUUGUGGGCUAGUACAUGUAUGCUAGCUACAGCUUGCACAAAUGGCAUGCUGUAAAAUGGACUUUCUUUGCACCCUGAAAUGUUGAUCUGUCUUUCUAAUGGUAAAAAGGCUCAAAUUAAAAUAACUUUUUCAUUGUAUCUAAUUCCUUCUGAAAAAAUUUCAAUACCCAUCAAAGCUAUGGUAUCAUUUUCUUUCUGAGAAAUAUUAUCUUUUUGUGAGCACUGGAUCUUGCACUGCAUAAAGUGGCAGCUUUGAACAGUUUUUCUUUUUUUUUUAUUAUAGCGAAUCGAACUCAUAUUCUAAAACUUCUGCGAAUAGUCUUCCAUGUACUGACAGCUGCCAUUCAAGAUGAUCCAGCCAAUAAGAACUUCAUGGAUGAGGUAUGAUUUUCGAGUAACUAAGGGAUAUUUUUAAAAAAAGGCACAUCAUUUUUCCAACGUGGUGAACAUUUCUUUGGUUUUGUCCCACCUUGUUGCCAGAUUUUGUAACUGUUCUGGUUCCAUAUGAGGAGUUGGGUCAUACUCUGCCUUUUUAAGAGAUAGGUGUUCCUAAAGAUUCAGGAUUAUUUAAUGGAUGGGUUAAUGUAUUGUGUAUUCUAGAUGGAUUUUUUGGAGGAAUUCUAUAUUAUUUUAAUUGAACUGUUGAUUUUUGUUGAGGUCCAUCACAGGAACUGAUUUGAAUAGGGGAGAUGUGUCAAGAGACUUUGAGUGAGACUUGAAGUGUAUCUUACAGAGGUGUCCAUCAGAAAAGUGCCUGCCUUGGCAAAGUGCUUUUAUUUUUAGAGAAAUGUUGAUCUUAGAGAGAGAGGUUCUUCUUUCAUGGGAGUUGCCUACCACAAUUUGCUGUGUUAUACAGGGCAAUGUGAAUUAUUUUUUACAAGUAAUAAAAUAAUAUUGUUACAGAUCCGAUUCCGAGGGCUUUCAGACACAAUCCGUUUACUUGGAUGUUUCUCCUUGAAUACUGUCAAUGUACCACCAUGUAACACUGGAGAUGAAAAUAAAAAAUGGAGGAUAUUUGAAAAACAAUUCUCACAGUCAGGAACACAGCAUCAACCACUGUCCACACAGGAGAGUACUGACUCCAUCAGGUCAUCAGUGACAUUUGAAGGAACUUUGGAAAUUGAUCCUACCUCAGUUUUGUUUGCUGCAAAUGAGAUGCUAAAAAAUCUCUUUGACAUGGCCACAGAUUCAUUUGGUUUAAGAAGUGGCUCUAGUGUUGUGUGUUCAGUCGAGUUGGAAAGUACAUGUGGCAGAAGUGGGAUGGGUGUUCCUUAUAUUUAUCAUCCCGGGGCCAUUACAGCAGCCAUGGAUCUACUCCCAGCCAUAUCAGAAAGGAAUGACAGUGUUUUGACUGAGGUAGAGAACUUGAUAAUGUAGUGAAAAAUAAUACAUUAAAGAGGCAGCCUUAUCCUUGUAUUUCACUUUCCUCCAGACAGCACAAAUUGUUGUUUUUAAGCAUCAACUCAGGACAAUCUAUAAUUUUAUUUUGAAGCAGUUGAAACCCAAGGACACUGAGCAUAGAUGUCUUCUGUUAAGCCCGUUAUUUAAUAUUACAUGUAUCUUAACAACCUGUGCGGUCUUUUUAUCAUUAAAAGGGUUAACUUUCCAUUGUUUGAUACAUCUGUAAGUCACCUUGCACCAAUUCUAUACAGAAAUGUCCUUUUGGGAUGAGAGUGAAAUUGCCUCUUAAGGUAAUUAAAUCAUCCUGAAUUAGCAGAUGUGGAUGCUUUUAACCCAACACUAUUAACACUGUUUUACAGGGAAGUGUGGAGCUACAACUUUACUGGAUCUGUAACUUACAGAAUCUAUUAAAAUGUGAACAUAACCAGCAAGUGAUGUGUGAAGCAGGGCUGCCUCAACAAAUAAUUGACAGAUGUGAAGCAGCCCUUGUCACUGAGCUGCAUCCGUUACAUGCUCCACUGCAGAGAAUGUUUGAAAGACUUGCCUCACAGUCACUAACACCUACAGUAUUGAGGUACAGCUGUACAGGAUUUUAGCAAUGCAUCAAGCUCCUUAGUGACUCUCAAUAGAACUGUUGAUCAAAUUGAGGUUUUAUGGGAAUAACAACACCUGAGAACUUAGUGAUGGAUCUAGGGGAGCACCCCUGUCCUUAUUUUUAGACCAAACCAAGACCAAGGACAGAUCCAUAAAAUUCAGAAAGGGGUGGCCGGCAUGCUUGCCCACUUGCCGGCUAUAUAGAUGCUUUUUAUUUUUCUAAGAAUUCUGUAAAAAAUAAUUCAAAAUUUCAAAGAAAAAGGGGUUGCCGUGGCCCCCUUGGCCCACCCCUAAAUCUGCCCUUGAAGACCCCUUUCCCCAGUCUAUUCUGCCAAAAACUAUUUUUUCCACAAAACCGCAAAGGUGUGGAUGGGCAAGCCACCUGUUACCUUAAGGUCUGGCUCCACUCCAAGAUCUAAACACAAAUGCAAAGGCUACAGCCAGCCGUUUUAAAAAUGUAUUCUUCCUUUAGAAGUAAAGGCUUAAUGAUAAUCAUAGUUGUUUAUGAAUUUAUCAUUCGAUAGAUAACCAAGGUUGCUUGUGGGGUGAACACCAUUAACAACCAUGAUUAUUUCAUUAUGCAAUUAUGCAAUGCAGAAGCUUGUAACUUUGUAUGCAUGCUACAGCUUUAAGAACAUUGCACAUUUGACUUUUUGACUCUGGUAUUGAAAGGAGGAAUUUUCAUCAUAGUAUUUUGUUCUUCUGUUGUAGGGAUUUUCUGCGACUUGGAUUCCCACUUUAUAGUCAAUCUCUUGAAGCCUCAGAUGAUAUCAAUGAUUUUCCAUCAAAACUGGAUGAGGAGGACACAAUCAUUCAUGAAAACAAAAACAGUGAAGAGCAAAACCAAGAGUUGCCAAAUAAUGAGUCAAUUGACAAGGAGUGUGCUGACGAGUCAUUCAAGAAGACAUCAGAUGUUAUAGUUACUCCUAGAAAACUGUCAGACCUUGUUAGUAGAAAACACUCUGAUGCAGAUGCACGACCAAAUACUUUGACAUUCAGAGAUGUAAUGCUAAGUAUGAUUGUUCCCAGUUCAGAAUCUGGAUCUGACGUUGAGUCAAAUUCUGAUGAGGAUGACUAUAUGAUUGUGACAAAUGACACCCCAGGAAAAACAUCUCCAGAGCAAAGCCCAGCUGUAGCUAGUGAAACAGAUGAUGACACUCCACCUCAACGACCUCCAAGAAGGCAUAAAACAACGGCAAGAAAACAACCUUUUGAACAUAAUAUGGAUUCUAAUUCUAUAUGCGACUUGAAUUCUAAUCCAGGGUAUCAAGUUAGCCUGGGGCCCAGUGAACAGCGACAAGAUUUAGUAACAGCUGAGGUUGAUGGUGUUGAUAUAGACACAAUUGGUAACACUGAUCAAGUUGUUUCUUCAAUUGACCAAGGAGAAGAUUUGGUUAUUUUAGAUGUCAAGGGAGAAACAGAAGCAAACAACAGCGAUGGUUUUGCUGAGUUGACCCCUGAAAGAAAACAUUCUGAAACAAGUGUUGACAUUGUGUCAGAAGAUGAUGGGAACUUGUUAAGAACAAAAACUGUUGGCAUGGCCACAGAUACCCCAACAACAGAGACUAGAAAAGUUGCAGGCAUCCUAAGCACAGAAACUGUUAGUACAGUGGAAAGUCCAAAUAUAGAACCUGAGGUUACUUCAAUAGGUAUCCCAGAGAGAGACCCUGUGAGUAGUACUACAGGAGGUUUAAUUACAAGCAGUGAUACUACUACCACAGACACCCCACACAAAGUUGCUGAUGUAAGCUGCGAUGACAUGAGCAUGAGACUUUCUAUGCAGCUUGCGGAGCUUCCGUUAGACUCAGACUGCAGCAGCUUUAAUCAGCAGGGAGUUGUUCCCUUAAAUGAGGAGGAAGACAAUUCAGAAGCAAUUGAAAAGGAUGAGGAUGAAGAUGAUGAUGAGGAAGAAGAGAUUUCGUGUCAGGUGCUUGGUGGUGGUCCUGUGUCACUUACUCGCGUCAAGUGUGUGGUUUCCAUGACAACUCCAAGGGAUGCAAGAGCACAUGGGGUUACUGACUGUCCAUCAUUUGUUGAGUUUGACAUGAGUGUGGAUGGAUUUGGAUGUCUGUUUUUGCCAGCCAUUGCUCCACAAGUCUCAGCUGGUAAGAUUUAUUGCGAGUUAACAUCCAGCAAAACUAUAAACUAUGUUACUAAGCAUUUCCAAGAUUCUGCUAAGAGGCUGCUUUAAAAUACAUGUAGUAAGGUGUUUGACACGUACACAUAGCUUUUUUUACUUCUAACUGUAUGAAGCACAAGUGAGUUAAUGUGAUGACCUUUCAUUGAAUUGGCUGUACAUAUUUUCUUGAAACUACAUUGUUAUAGGAAAAUCUCGUUAAAAUUUCAUUAAUUUAAGUCACAUUAAUUUCAUAUGAAAGAAGAUCAUCACAGUUAUAGACACAACUUUUGCAGUUGCGAAAAGAAAGCCUGAAAAAAAAUUCAGGCUUGUAUGGGAUUCGAAACCUUGUCGCUACGAUACUGGUGGAGCGCUCUUACAAAUUGAGUUAGCAAGCCAACUGGGAGCAGGUCGUUGAAUUGGUUGAAUUAUUCACCCGGCAGUUCUCAUAUAUGAUUUUCAUAUAUUCACAACGUCAUCACAUUAAUUUUGUUAUCAUUAUUUAAUUUCCACACUACUGACUAGGUGGCAUCCACCUAGUAUUACAAAAACUAUGAAGACCGCUCGAAGUGGCCUGAUUCCUUGGCCUAACCCCUUUCUUUUAGGAAAAGUAUGGCAAACAAUUUUUUUUCAUUUCGAAUUUUAUUGCUAGUGUUAAAUAAAUUUGUUCCUGUUGUCUUUCAAGCAAGUUAUGUUUCUUUCCUUACGAUGCAUUAAUAAAAUUAACCACCUCUUUCAUGUUUCAGUCGCGUUUCUUUCAAAUGCCUUAAUUAACACAAACGUUGAUUUUCUAUCUUGAGGUAUCUGCCGAAGGUUUCAAAGGCCCGUCUGCUAACGUCUGGUACUUUUGACUGGGUUGUAACAGGAGCUGUUGUAUCCAAUUUUAAGAUUUUUGCAACAGUGAAACAGGAGACUAAGGCAUCUAUAAAUCUUAUAAAGUUCUUCCCUUAUUUUCAUUCAAAUGAACUAUUAUUAAGCAGACACUUGGAAGUGUCCGUUUGGCAUCCGCUUAAAAUACAUUUCAUUGUAGCCAUUAUCAACCUAUACCGUUAAAUAGUAUUCCCAUAAUUUAUUAUAUGUGUAUGUUUAAAUCUUGCAUUUGGUGAACUGUGGUAAUAAUUUUGACAUGUGUCUUUGGUUUUAAUGUAGGCAUUGCUACAGUAAGCUCUGUAAUGGCCCCUGCGGCUGUGAUGGGUGGUGUCCCUGGGGUAGGAGUAGGGGAAAGAAUGUUUCCCCCGCAAGCUGGUUUAACAUUUGUAUCCUGGGUAUGUAUUGACCAGUACAGUAGCACCACAGAAGAUCAACAUCCAGUCAGACUAUUGACAAUCAUGCGACAAUUCCGCGGCGGAAGUGAGAAAGUCCCCAAUGUUCCGUGUUUGGCCAUCAGUAUUUCAGCCCGAGAUCGCAUGCUUGUGGUAUGGUAUCUCUGUUUCUUUGUUUCCUUCUUUUUAUCUAAACCUAGAUUGCAGGCUCCUCUUGUCACACGCAGCUAUGCCUCUACAAUAACCUUGAAAUGAAAACUUGCUGUGUGUGUUUUUGAUUUAUUGACAGGUUUGCACAGAUGAAACUGGCUGUGCUGAUGAUGUGGACUCGAGACCAAUGCAAGCUCAUCGUGACCGUGAACACACAGAGGCCAGGUUUCUGAGUGACCAGUUGUUAGAGGAAGGACGUUGGCAUCAUGUCAUGGUUGUCCUUAACAAGGCGUUAAUAAGAAACAGCACUUGCGCUUUGUUUGUGGACGGGAAACAUGUAGCAACUUGCAGAGUGAGUCAAAGUCUGGACUUAAUAGGGCUAUGUUACACUAUUUGCUAUCUUUUUCAAAAGCUUUGAAUUUUUUUUCGUAUCAAUUGAAUUCCAAAAAUAAUUGUACAGUUUUGUCAUUGAAGACUGUAUUUAGGCAUUAAAAUUGUUUCCUGUUAUCUGCUGCAAGUGGGCCAACCUUUUCAAGUUAUAGUGCUAGGCCUGCAAAAAUCACCCAAAAAUAUUAUGGAUAGUGCGCCUUGAUAAAGUUUGUUUGAUAUCUUCUUCACAACUCUACAGCAGCAUUUUGUAGAUGGGUAAAGUAAUAAAAAUCAGCACAGAAUUGACAUAAAGCAGUAGUAUCCUGGUGAUUAGCCCCUUUAACCUUGUUUUCUAGUAGACUCUGUAAGCCCCAAUAUCCACAUGCGAAUUCUGGAUUAUUACACGUUUCUGGGAAACUGCCCACCUACCCCUCCCCUAAGGCAACAUUUUACACUAAGUGAGAAGUAAGUGUUAAUGCUGGCUUAGGGGAGGGGUAGGUGGGGAGUUUCCUAGAUCUUCAUUUGUUUCCUGAAAAAAAUUACUUGGGAGAUUUUGAAAAAAAGAUCAAAGUAUUUCUCUAGGCGAUCAUUUAACUUAUUCUCAUACUUUUUUGUCUUUAUGUGUAUUGAUAUUCAUAGGAGAAAAUUACUGUUGGUCAAUCCUGGGAAGGUUAAGCAAGUUAUAUCAAACUCGCGAUUAGUUUUUCAUCCUGGCUUUGAAAAAAACAUGAUCACUAUAAAAAGGUUUCGUUAUAUCGAGGUUAUUUUCCGUAUAUUUAACUUCUUGGGCGAAGAAUGCCGUUCGUUAUAGCGAAGACUUAAGAUUUAUAUAGAGGUUCAUUAAAUGGAGGUUCUGUUGUGCGAUUUGGCCGGCCCCUCAUAUCACCGACAAGAGAGACAGCUUCUGACUCGUCCCCAGUCGUCUCUAAGUUGUCUCUACUCAUUAAUACUAAUAAUGAGAGACGACUGGGGACGAGUCAGAGACAGCUUGCCAGCACUGUAUCGAGUUAGCCUAAAUUUCAUUUAGCCACAUUAAAAAAGCAUUUUUGUUUUCAUGAUAUCGUAUUAAUUUCAGUUAAAGUACAUCCAGGCUGCUGCCGCUAGUCCAGAUGCCGCUGUAAUCAGUGUGGCUCCAUACAUUUCUGCCUACGUUGGAACACCACCUAACCCCGGCUACCGCAGGUGUUCACGGUUGCUAUGGAGACUUGGCCCCACCCACCUAAUAGAAGAACCACUGUCUGGCUCAACUGCUGAAGAGAUGUAUAGACUGGGUCCUAACUAUGUUGGAAGCUUCCAGGCACCCUGCCCUGAAGGUCAACUUACAGUGGUAAGUGGUCCUGAGUCAGUUAGACCUAUAAAAGCGUAGGUCCGUCUUUGCCUAGUCCCUAGGCCUCAUUAUUCCGCCCUGCCAAAGCGUUUCGGGUCACAUGGUCCAAGCGAAAAUGUUUCACGCUUGUUCGCCUCGAAUACGUUACCGAAGUGAAUUGACCGAGAGGGACUGGGAAAACGCCGUAGAGGGACUAGGUAAGGUCCGUCUAGUAUACAGCUAUUUCGAGAAAAGUUGUCGGAAAAAGCGCACGCGACAACCCCGAAAGGUAUUGUGGGUGGUUUUGAGUUCACUGUUUUUCAAAGAAAUUUGAAAGAAUGGCAAGGGAGGCCAUGGACAUAUGUCUGUGAGUGCUAAAGGAAAGCAACAAAAGUUGGUUCGACAACUACAGUGUCACGAACAGUGUAUUGAACAUAUCCCAUAUUACCUCUCGGGAUUGUCGCGUGCACAUUUUUCCGACAACCUUUCUCGAAAUAGCUGUAUAUCUGUUGUAUCAUAUGAUAUGUAGAGAGAGAAAAAAGUAGCAACUCAAAGACGCUGGAAUCGCUCUGAAAUGCCAAGGAGCACAUCGACACAAGUUAUGUAACUCUAAUGCCUUUUGGUUACUUUUUGGCUCCUGAAUAGACUACUGACCACUUUUUUCCAGAAAUGCACACAAGAAGCAAAAUCGCGAAUUUGACAAACGCUAGUGUUUCCCAUACGGUUCUUUUUUCAUGCAGGUUCGUGAGCUGUGUCACGAAAUUUAUCAAAAUUCUGACAGUAGGGACUGUCACCAAAUUGAGUGAAACCAUAAGAAUAACCAAUCAGACCAUUCAAGGAAGAUAUAAUAAAAUAACAAGGCAAAUACAGUAGAAGGCACGGAUGGACAAACUUCACAAAGAUUAAAACUAAUUGCAAUUGUAGGUUUUGAAAAUUUGUCAGCCUGACACAUUUUCGCGAUGCAUUUUUGUUUUUGGUAACGUUUGAUAUACUGCUUGCAUGGGAGACCUAUUUGUUGGGCAAGAAGCUGUGAUUUUGUUGUUUACAAGUUAUUCCUUCGUUAACGUUAAGUUACAUGACAAAAUAAUGAAAAAAUAAUGCUGAAAGCCUUUUUAUUUUUUUAUUGAUUAUUUAUUAUUUUGCCACACACACAAAACAGCAGAAUAAAAACGUAAUAAAUAGGUUAACUAACAUUAAAUGCAUUACUUAAACAACAGCUCAGCUCACACUGGUGAGCUGGCUUGAGGAUGCCACCUACAAUCCCGGUCAUAAUUGUUGAAACGUUUGCCGUUUUCUUCUCCUCCUCCCCUUCAAUGUCGAUUUUGCAGACGUUUAUGCCCAGGUAAACCCUUGAAAACAACAUUAGGGAGCUUAAGGAACAAAGACGACGACGGCUACAAAAACGUCACUUAAAAAGUGAAGUCGCUCUGCUUCAAACUUUAUCGCGCUUAUUCCACCUCGUUCAAUUCGUCAAAUGUUGGCAAUUUUUACUGGACUUGAAUGCUAAAAAACGGUAUGGAAGUUCAGGCGCUUUUGAGUAUUUUUAUAGAAAAAGCGCAAUAUAAGUAUUAAAUAUUAUUAUUAUUAUUAUUAUUAUUAUUAUUAAAAACGUGAAAUUAGGCAUUUUCACGUUGUAGUCGUGCAGUGAUGGCAAAGAAAUGUACGAAAAAGUGUCUUGCACGUACAGGGUCGUUGUUUUGCCAGUCUAAGGGCGUGUUUACGUGGGGGUGGGGGACCCCAGGCAGAUGAGGUAACCCACCUUUCCAUAUAAUCUCUUAUUUUAAUUUAAUCACGUUUACAUGAUAGGUGGGGUGACCCGCCACAUGUCACCUGACCUACCUGGGGUCCCCCACCUCCAGGUAACCCGCUUAGGUUGGGUGAAAAAAUAACCCUACUUUACUUGCAAUCUUACAACCCCGCCAUCCCGGGGUGCACUUUCUCAAGAUUAUUGAAUGGUCGCUAAGCACGUAAACGAGAAAAAUGCAGGCAAACCACGUGUUUUGGAUUGAUGCUCUUCUACGCUCACUUGCUGCUCUUGCUUGCUGGUCUGGCAGACCGGGUUACCCACCUUGGCGGGUCACCCCACCUAUCAUGUAAACGUGAUCAAAUUAAAAUGAGAGAUUAUAUGGACAGGCGGGUUACCCCACCUAAGCGAGUUACCUCACCUACCUGGGGUCUUCCACCUCCAUGUAAACAGGCUUUUAACCUAUUGCUCAUUUAUCAUUCUUUUUGACGUCACCGCUGUCGUCGUUUCUUUUAAGCUCCCUAUCGAGGAAAGGAGAGGGAAGCAAUAAAUGUAUUCGUGAAUCACAUAGUUUAUGUUAUGUUUUUCCGAACUGUUUCAACAAAUUAUGACCGUGAUAGUACUUAAAACUGCUUUGUCAAAAGCUUUCAGUUUACAGUGCAAUGGGAGCUUUCUUGUGGCCCUUUGUUUGUGAAUUUUUUCAGUAUGGAGCAGAAGGCAUUGAACCACUUGUCAGUGAAGACAAAGUGAUGUUUGGCAUUCAUGGUCAUGCUAAGUCAGUGCUCACUCUUGCAAAGAUCAGAAAACAUUUUAGAAGAAGUGACACUAGAGCUGUGGCUAGAGAGGUAGGUGGAACUUAGCUGACAAGUGGUUUUCCACGUUAUUAUUCAUUUGUUCCAGCUUACGAUGUUAGAGAUUUAUAAUAUCCAGGCAUUAAUUCCAGAGAUUUGGGCCAAGACAUAACCGUAACUGGCAUAUUAGAAGUUAUAAUCAUUGAAUUUUGUGGUUUUUAAACCUAAGCAUGUCCAUUCACGAAACUCAAAAGGAUGCCUCUUUCACAUUGAAAAACUGAAACCUGCCUUUUUUUUACCAACAAAUACGUGUUGGAAAUCUAUGUUUCUUUAUCUCUACAGCACUUUGCUUUUACUGACUGGUUGGCUAGUCAAACAAUCAUGUAGACGAUAGGCAUUAUCUGUCUGUACAGUAGUCUUAUAUUUGGUGAAGUUAUUCCUGGAUUAGGUGCCCGGAUAGUAGACCUAGUGAACAACGUGAGGAGACGUCAAAAGACGUGGAAGAAAUAGACAAUAUAAGAAAUCGCAUACGAAACCAAGGUGUUUGCCGCCUUGCGAUUUUGACGCCUACUUGCUUAUUUCGUUCGCUUGCAUUACUCGUCGCCUUUUUAUGAUUUAUAUACUCAUUUUCACCUGAUUUUUCUGUCAGCUUGGUCUGUCAACUCAUGAUAACACCACACCGGUACGUUUGAUUCACAACACCUCUGCCCAUCUUCAAGGUUCAUCGCGGACUAUUGGAGCUGUCAUUAUUGGUUGUUCUGGAGUGCGAACAUUCUGUCCAAAUCCAGUGGCUAAGCUUAUAGAGUGUAUCGGUGGUGUAACAGCUCUGCUGGGAUUGGUUGCCAUGUCAACAAACGUUGAGGGGCUUUAUGCAUCUGUUAAAGCCCUCAGUUGUGUUUUACGAAGUAAUCCAUCUGCGAGAAGAGACAUGGAGAGAACAAGGGGCUACCAGGUAAAGACAGUGACUGGAGUGCUUCACUUAGUUUCCUGAUAAUUUGAUUGGCUGAGAGCAAUGCUGUUUGUAGUAAACAUAGUGCAAAAAUAAGAAAAUAAAGUGCACAUAUCUUAGAGAAUGGAGCUCUCUGAUUGGCUGAUAAACAAUAGAAGUAUAUAAGAAUGAAUCAGGUGUCGCAGUCUUUUUUGGCAACUUUGAGGUUAGGCUGAGUAGGUUUUCGUCAAAUUUGUGUGGGACUGUUUAGGGGAUGAAGUUUGAUCCAGUGAAUAGGCCAUUUCCUAGUUCCCCUGGGCCUCUGUUUCAAAACGAGGGUAGGUGAUAUGGAAAUCAUUUUUAUUCUAGUGCAAAUAAAACUCAUUAAUGUCACUAUUCCGCUUAAGGUACGCAUGAAAAAGUAACACAACUAAUUAGCGCACGCAGGCAAAUAAGACAAUUACUACAAGAUGGCGUAAUAAGGGGGGGGCAGCCCUGUGGCAGGUUCUAGCGACUUCAGGUUAUGCACACAGCAAAAACACAAGCCUCACUUAUCGCCCCACUACCGUGGGGUAGGACAAGAGUAUUGGCAGAGCCUUUCUUAUCUCCCCAGCGCCGCACGGACUGGAUCGGACAAGAUUAAGGCAAACGAAUAAGAUGGCAAGACACAAGCAAUGCCAAAAGCUUGGGGGAAGUCGCAACGCAGACUUAACCGCACCACAAGGAGUGACCCCCCAAACUUUAUUGAUACCUAACACAACAAAACUCCUCCAUAGGGAGGGAGGGUGGGUAACAAAAUUACUGUAACUGUUUGCUUUCGUGCAAGCUAAACGAAUAAUGACGAGGUCUGCAAUAGCAGAAGUUUAUAGCUAGACAGUGUCUCAAAUCUCGACCAAUGAAUACAGUUGUACCAUAAGCUACCUAGUCUUAUCAUGAUUAAAGUCUAGCCAUGAAUAGGGCCUUGAAAACAGGGACCAAUCUGCGCGAUGCUAAGAAAAAUAUGAUGACAAACAUACGACAAAUUAGUCAGGUUCCAACCACGAACAGCUUUUGUUUGUAUCUUAAAAUUAGCGUGCUUUCAUUCAUAAAUAAGGCUUUAAAGAUCGAACAGAGCAUACAUUGGGGCAGGCUACCUUAGCCUACCCCCCCUGGGGCUUCAUGUUCCAUUAACUGCAUUUACCAUCUGGUAAAUGUCUUAUUUUCACAAGAAAGGUUGUGCGCCUAGCCUCAUUUUGAAAGUGAGGGUUUUGGAACUCGGAAGUGGCCUAUUUUUUGCAUGUAAAUUAAUAAAGGGUAAUCAUACGAGUUUUCAGUUUACUCGUUCAAUUUGGAAUUAAUUUGCACUCAUGUGUCUUUCAAGAAGAUCUAAUUGCAUUCUCCUUACAGGCUCAUGCAAUUUUGAUACUUUUUGAAAAUCACACUUAUUCAAAUAAAUUCCAAAUUGAACUCGAAGUCGUAUGAAUACGUAUACAAAUACUUGAUUCAUUUGACUUCGUUAUUUUCAGAUCUUAGCGUUACUGCUGCGAAAGAAGAAGCAUCUUCUCAAUACUCACAUUCUUCACUUAACAUUUGCCUUGGUCGGAACAGUUGACAGUGACAGAGAAUCAUCUGUUAUACCAAACAAGGUGGCAUUCAAAGAUCUACUUUGUGAUCUAGAGGUGAGUUGUAGUUAAAAUUAAAGCCGUCCAAUUUAAACUGAUCAACUUCAUCUUGUUUCUAAGAGUGGUUGUAAUAUUUUACAUGUUGCAGGUGUGGCGAGAAGCUCCAGCUGACUUGCAGCGGUCAUUAUUCUCACACUUUCUCGAGCUGUUAGGUCCAGGAAGGUGAUAAAAAUAUAGUGUUUUUUAAAUUUAUCAGCCACGGGGUGCUAUUUUAGCAGCAUGAUUGCAGCUGUUAUCAUCAACGUUUUUGACACCAUCAUCCUUUUUUGGUGUUUUUGACUUCAUCUGUGCUCAUUAGUGUAAUUGUUUGGUUUAAUCCAGGGCAGAAUUUCUUCAUAAAUCAAUCAAUUAAUCUACUGCCUUCCGAGAUUCCUCCCAUCUUGCACUUGACUCGAUAAACCCCGUCAAUAAUUCAUAAAGGAAAUACAGAAAAAUUAAGAUUUAAAAUGUUUCUGAGUUUUAGCUAGCCCCCCCCCCCCCCUGCAGGCAUUUUUAGGAGAGUCGUGGGCGGGUUAGUUUUAGCCCCCCUUUUCCUUUUCGUUUCAACUAUGUUAUGUGAUGUAUUCCAAGAGUGAACAGAUCCACAUCCAUUUAUAACCUGUUUGAUGAACUCGCAAAUCAUGUUUUAUCAAAUCCAGUAAUAAACGAUCAGCUGCUUCUCGUGGUAACAUAGUAUAACAAUUUUAUCUAAAUAGGUCAGUUUUUUAUCCUCAGUGAAUCAGAGACCAAUGCGGAUUUGAUGCAGAAAUUGAAUCUGGUGCCAAAGCUGCUGUUUGUUCUUCAAGAUGACAGUGUAACUGAUCCUACAGCACAUACCAUAGCCAGUGUCCUGUCAGUAUUGCUGAGCAAUACAAGCGAGAGAAAGAACUUACUCAGGUAAUGCUAGUAGCACAAGCCAAAGCAUCCUAAAUGCUUUUACUGUGAGUUUGCACUUGUCUUUACCAAAGUGGAAAUGCAGUUUGUUACUAGGUUAGACAAUUUUGAUGAAUAUCUCAUUGGAUGGCUCAAGGCUUGGUCAUGGUAUAUGCCUGCACGGUUUAACUACCGUUGCUAUUUCCAGAACGUCUAGCAAUCAGUGGCCAAACCUCUAUGUUAGAUUAUGCAAAUCUGAAUCAGGGGGCUGAUCCUGGGUGGGUCCGUCCAUAACUGAAAUGAUUUAACAAGCGAUGCUGUUUCUUCGUGCCAAAUGAAAUUGCAAAUAAUUUUUCUUUUUUGACCAGGUCACCGUUUUAGUCGGGCAAACCAGAAAAUUUGUCGGGUAUAUAUCAUUUUUACUUUUUAGUCGAGCUAGCUUUAGCAGCGAGACUCUGAUAAUGCAAGCGUUUCUUUUUUUCAAGCAUCUCAAAGGGCGCCUGUAACGCGACACCGAGUCUCUUGUGAGAAAGUAAAUUACAUUCCACUCUUGUUGUGGAGCUUGGGACACCUGUGCAUGUAGUGGCCCAAAAGUUACCCCAACUAUCCCGAAAUUUUGAUGAGGAUUGAGCAGCUCUUCUGUAAUUUGAAUUCCCCAAAACACUUCACUUGCCCGUUGGGGCAAGUCAAGAACAGAAUUCACUAACCCGAUAGCAAAAUCCACUAGCCCCGGGCAAUUGGACACUAGUGUCUUUGCCCGCUGCCUUGCACACCUUGCAAAGGGUGAAUUAAUAUAAGUGGGUGCCGGUAUCUUUUGUUCAUAUCGUAUGCGUUAUUUUCCUAGGUUUGGACAGUUCCUGGUGUCAACUUUACCAGCUCACCCGUCAAAUGAAAAUGAACUGAAACUGGAUACAGUUACAGCAAAUGAAACCAGCACAGAGGGAGGGGAGGGAGAGGAGAGUUUGUCUCCGCGCCGUAUCUGUUUACGAAAUGUGAUGCUUGAACUCAUUCUGUGUCUGAUCUAUGCUGAGGGAGGUGAACUCGAUCACAGGUAACUGAGGCAUAUCUGAAGCAAUAUGUUGUUGCAAAUGCGAUUUUACCAAGUUCACCCAAGAGGUCAUUUUUCGUGUUGGCUGUUGUUAGAUAAAAAUAUGAUCUGAUAGGAUCGUAAAAACUUAUCUCCAAAAAGUAUGCUGACGUUUAUGCAUGCAACUUAUGUUUGGCUAAAUAAAAAAAACAUCAUGACGAUGUAGGUAUCUUUAAAUUAACCAUGCAUACAACCUAUUUCUGAUUGUAAUAAAGUGCUGAUGCUAAAUUUUCAGUUGUUAGUUUUUCUUCGUAAUUCUGAUUAUCGAAAGGCGCUAUUCAUUAACACAUCAUGUUUUAGUUUUGCAGAUGCUCUUCAAGAAACACUGGGCUUUGAUUGGCUUCUUCUCUUUCUCCAAGCGCAUCUCCAUAACACCACUGUGGUCCGUGCAACACGUAUCUUAGUAACCAUGCUGAGCAGUCUGCCCGCACUAAACAGGUUUAAAGAGGGACUUUGCACUGGUAGCUGGUUAGACGGCACUGAUAUCAUGCUCAAUAAAACAACUUAUGUUGUUGCAGGUAAGUUUAAGAUGUUAUAUGGGGACGUAACCUUGAUAUCAAGUCAGUCGUGUUAUCUGCACCUUUAUUUCUUACUCUUUGCGUCAAGUUAAUAGGCCUGUAGAUUAAUUUGUGAAUCUGAGCUAUUGCACUAAGCUUCAAACUUAGUAAGAUAAAAUUCAAUCCUAUGCACGACCUGAGGUCAUUAGAUAUUAGAGAUCUUUAGAGUGUAGAACGAGUCUAGGGCGUUGGAGAGGAUUAAGGCAUACAUACGAUUGGUGAAAUAAGUGGUUAUAUCUUCAGCAGACAACCUUGGUUUGAAAACUCGUAGAUGUAAUCAUUAUGUUACUCGCUAAGCAAACUAAAGGUCACUAUUCUCUUGCAGAUUAGUUGGUAGUUGAAGAUGGAAUAUUUUCAAGAAUAAUUGUUUCCCUUCUAGGUUUCAAUGUAGGCUCAGUGGCUGACAAUAGAGAAAAGUACCAGAUAAACAGGGAUGUGUGCAGUGUUCCUGGAUUUCUAACGCUUGACAAACUUUUGCCCAAACAUAUUGACAUACCAGAGAUUUAUCAUCUUGUGAUUGCCUUGUUGCUUGGGCACCCUGUGUCUGGUGAGUGAAAGUGAUGUCUGUGCGAAAAUUUUCUUCUCAACUGUGGCCACGUCCACAUUUUCGACCGGCUGAAAGGUUUGACCGGACACUUUGUUCACACGGUACCGUUCGAUAUUUGCGCUCUGUUCACACGGAACUUACUAACCAGUUUGAAUUUUAACUUUCUCAGAGGUUUUCACCAUCUGUCCAUGCGCAGAGCACUUCUUAAGUAAAUCCAAAAUGGCGUUACCGUGCAUCCUCGUAGCCGCUCCUUUGCCGUACAAAAAUUUAGACGGCUACGUUGUUCACAUUGCGCCGGUCUAAUUUGCUGCACAAAAAUUUAAACUGUCAUGGUGUUCACAUUGCGCCGGUCAAAUCUUCGACUGUAGGGGCUAAAAAUUUGACCUUGAUUGUAGUGUUCGAAUUUUUGAACGGCUAGGCGAUCAAAUUUUCGUACGGUUAGCUUGGUUCGGUGUGAACACCUAAACGCACUAAUUUUCGCCGACUGGUCGAAAAUUCAACCGUUCCACCGUCUGAAGGAAGCCUAUGUCUAUAAAAUGACUAAAGAAGAUUAAAAAGUGAAAUUAAGAGGGUAGAUUAGUAAUUCAGAUAAGCAGAUGGUCUGUUUGUGGCAUAAUGCAUUUGGUAGCUUUUGAGCAACUGCUAAGCAGUUUUAUAUGCUCUACCAGACACUUACAAAAUAUUUGCAGUUAUUAUCAGUUAACUACGGUAAUGGCUAGAGCGUUGUCCUGCAAAGGUGUGCCUGAUGAAUCCCGUAAAAUACGGCCACCGACGGGACAUAAAAACUCUUGUCGUAUUUGAGUAUCACAUUAUGUAAAUAAAACUUUUUAGCAAUGUAAUGACUAAAGGUGGAUUUCCACUGUCGUGUAAAUUUCAUACUGUACACAAGCUAUCGGGUAGAUACCUGUAAACUGUAAGCCAUAUUUGCCUUGUCAAUGUUUUCAGAUGUUUAUUCUGGUGCCGAGUUUGAUUGGGACAGCUUGUACUCCGUGUUCUGGUCACCAUCGGUUUCGGGAGUCAAGAUGCCAACAUCCAGUCCACCGGAACCAAGUUCAUAUAAUAUUUACUGUCAAGAGGCAGCUCAUGUCCUGCUAACCAUGGCUCACAUCAUGGUUAAUGAGGUCAGUUUAAAUACGUAGCAAAUUUGGGGAUAUUUUAGUGAGUAUUUUGUUUGUGGGACAUUUCAGUGCUACAGUAAACAGGGGCACCCAACGACAAUUUUCGGAAAAAUAUCUGUUCGGAAGACGAAUUUCUUGCUUGCCUGCCUCUCCUAGGAUUUUCGAACAUCUAAAAAAUGGUAAAAUUGCCCAUUUUCAACGGAUUUUUACCCUAAAAAGGUCACCUAGAAUUUUCGGGAGCCUUUUUUCUGGCUGAAAUUUUCGAACAGGUAAGUUUUGAUCCCUAAAAUUUUCGGAUCACUAGACUUUCAGCUAGGAAAUCCGAACAGAUGAAAAAUUUUUAGAGGAUAAAAAUAUGCCCAUAUCCACCGUUUAAAUACUUAAACACGUUUAACAAUGCUAUGUUUAAGUGGUUUUGAACUAUAUUCUCGUUGGGUGCCCCUGAGUAAAGCCAAAAAUCCUGGGGACAAUUAUUGAAAACCUUCCUUCAACAGAGGUAGCAUAUCAAAUAUGCAAAUGUGGCCGGGUUAAUUUCCACUUUUGCAGUAGUUCGGAUGCCUCUAAUGGCCCUUCCCUCACCCAAACCCUCACUCUCACCGUGUUCGAACCAGAGAAAUUUGCAAAAGCUAAGCAAAGUACUUGUACCAUUCACUUUUUUGAAGAUUUUAAAAUAUGUUUGCAACACGCUGUUAAUUUACUACACUUUUACUUUAGAGAGUUGACUAGAAAAGUUCUAAGAGUUUGAAUUACUGCCGGCGCCAGUUGUCAGCAGAAUCUUGACUCCGUCGCGAAGCGUUUUUAACAAAAAGAACCCUAUUAUGUGGAGAAAAAUGCUCAGAUAGUCGGUUAACUAAUUCUUUUAUACAUCCUGGUCAAUGUUUCCACUUAAUGGUGAAUGAAAUCCCACUGAAUAAAAUAAACAACGCCUCGGACGUUUGACCGCGGUGGGUCUCUCACUCUUUCAAACAAUGUUGGGAUAAACAACCACUUUUCAGGACCGGGUAAAGUGGACAGGGUGGACAAAAUACAACAUCGCUUGGGUCUAAGGGGGGAAGGGAGUCAGUUUAGGUUGUAUUAUGUUAAGUGUCCCAAGACUUUUGACUUCCAAAAAGGUCGUGUCUCAGACUGGAUACCUCUACCUGGUAUAACAGCUUAUGGAAAGCAAUAUUAAAACCAGGACCUACACUUCAUAUCCAACCCCCUAGUAUUAAAAUAACCACUGUAACUGAGCUUUUACAGUCAAAGCACUGUAGUUAGAACCUGUAGUAAGUGACCAUCAAAUCUGUUAGCAUUUUGGGUGGUGGCUUACAGGGGGUAUCCAGAAGUGACCAAGUUCAAAAUGGGACAAAAGCUCCAAAUUUCCUUUUGCUGAAAAACAAAUAGUACCACUCAAAAGUCCUGCCAAAGAGGUGUCAUUUGAAUUGUGAUACCGUAGGAUUUCAUCCCCACACUCAAAAGUUAGAACUACACACUAAAUUAAUAGUACCAUGUGAAAGUACUGCUGAAAAGGUUUCAUUUGAAUGGUAACAUCAUAGGAUUUCAUCCACAGACUCAAAAGUUAGAACCACCUUACAAGACUUCAUGAUUCAUUCUUUCUGUGAGUGAAAGGGGUAGUACAUAUACAGCUGUUAAUCACCAAAGCAGUCUUAGAUAGUUUUGCUCAAGUCGCUUUAUUUAAUUUCUUUCAUUCUGAAAUAUGCCAAUUUAAUUUUAAUCCCAGGCGUGGGAAGACACAGAAGAAGAUUCAUGGCUGAGGGAAUACCCCGUAACACUGAUACAGUUCCUCAUGUUUUUGUACCGAAAUAUUCCAACCUUCAAUGCAGUUUGCAGCUCUCAAGAAUUCCUGGAGAAGCUUGUUACUGUUUUGUUUCCUAGGAAGAGGAACUUGGCAAAGUUCCAAGAGGUACAGAUCAAGAAUUGGGUAUGCACUGUCACAUGGACUUCGUUGUUUACUUAACUUGUUUACAGUUAUCAGCAGUAUUCCUUAGUACGAACAAACAUGGUCACCGAGAAACCGAUGAUCAUCGAGAGUUACCGCUAGUCGCCUAGAGUUGUUGUUCAGAUAUUUCGAAAGGGUCUUUGACAGGUUUAUCUUGUUUAGCCUCGACUUAAGCUAUGCUAAAUCGGGCAAUAAAAACGUGCAACUCGUUUUGCAACAUUGCCGCGAACCGUUUUGAAAUACUGAGUUGCACGUUUUACCACCCACCUUCAAACCUGUCUUGCAACAAACCAGGUUGUUGCAAGUUGCGUGAAUACUGACUUCUGAUUGGAUAAAAUAACGCGGCAGUCUCGCCAUAAAAGUUUGCCUUGGGCCGGUAAAACGCGCAACUUGUACAGAUUUUGUUGCAAAAAGUAGAACUACUCUCUACUUACUGCAACAACUUGACACAACCUGCAACAACCUAAUUGUUGCAAAACGGCUUUGACUCGUGGGUGGUAAAACGUGCAGCAUCGCUAUUCAACUCGUAUUGCAGCAAUGUUAGAAGACAAAUUUCACGUUUUUGUUACUCGUUUUACCGUACCUUUAUUAAGUGACAUUUUCCCAGUACCUAAUAGCCAUUUGUUCCUUUACCGCCUUUAGUAAACAGUUAAGUGCUCUAGCUUAAGUGCCUAAGUGCCUUUUUUCAACAUAUAAAUAACAGUGAACGGUGAUUCAUUAUGCACAGAACCCACACUGAUUAAAGUACUGUCCUACAAAUGUCCGCUUCAAAUUAACAAAGCCCAGUAUGUAGUCACAAGUGUGUUAAUUGAUUGGAGAAAGUAUGGUAGGUGGAUAGUGUUCAUCUGAGAAACUUUUCAUUUAGCCAAAUUUUCUGGUUUAUUUCAAUGGACGUUUUUAUUUUAUUCAGAGAGAGAGAGAGAGAGCCUCUCACUUUCUGUGGCAAACUUGCCAUCUUAUUGGUAGUUGAAAAACCUCUGGUGAAGCGCGCAAGCCAGAAAAAAAAGGUUGUUGUUGUGUCAGUAAUCUGUGAUUGUAAUGGAAAAAGUGAGGUACCUCGAAGCCCAUUCGUUUUCUCGGGAAAUUUUCAGUUUGCCGUUUCGGUCGAUUGAACUAGAAGUUCUGUACGAUACUGUUUGAUAAUGAGGCCGUGGAUUCAAAAGACGACAGAAUUUAUAUCGGCCCUGUAGAAUUGACCACUUUUACGUCAGUAAUGGGUGAAGAACCAGAUACAUGCGUAUUGAAUAUACGACGUGAAUUGCAAGCCUUAGUAAUGAAGGAUCAACUAUUUGAUUUAUUUUGUUAUACCAGCUUGAAUCAGACAGCGACAACGAAAGACAGAGAGCAGCACAAUCCCAAUCAGCAGCGUCAUACUUGUCCAAGACUAUGCUGAUUACACAUCCUGCAAGAAAGUGCGUUUUUGAAUUCCUGCGGGUGAUCAUGACAGACUCGCUUAUGUCACCUUCUACUGCCGCCAAGGGUCAGGGGGUCAUUGAUGCUAUUUUAGAGGUGAGAAAUAAGAUAGGAAUUAGCACUAAAUUACCUUGAGUAUUUACGCGAAAGACGAGACUUACAUGCAUACACUGGGAAGAAGGUCUCAAGUUUAAACUGAAUAUAUGUCUCGUACAUCUGAUAGUAUAUAAGAGAAAGCCAUUCGUAAAUGCGCUAUAUAGUCUUAAGUCCAAACGGCAUGUUUGCCCAGCUGUUCUUUAGUAAUGUAUUAAAAACCCAAAACAGGGUUUCACCAGUUAUUCAGAAACGUAGAAGUAGGUCAAAAAUAUCAAAUUUAGCUGAGUUUUUUUGGUAAUAGCUUCAACGGCAAAGCCACUAUGCUGUCCUGGUGUAAGGCCGUAAGAGAGCGAAAUGCAAAAAGCAAACCUCAUUUUCUUUGAACGGUGCCUCGAAAAAAUCUCUUCGAAGCGCAAGUUUUUGUGUUUCUUUUUUCAAAUUGGAAAAACAGCUUAAGGUUCAACGCAGAAGAGUGAAUAUGCGAUUCUAAGGUUGGAAAACAAAGUUUGGAAAGAUUACAUUUCUUAAGUAGCUGAAUCCACUUUCACCACCUGAAGGGUCAUUUGUGUGCAGUGUUGUUUCUCUUCAUUUCAGUCCUUCCCCGCCAGGUGUUCACAGUCCCAGCAAGCAGAGUUUCAAACUGAAGUAUUGUGUAUUCAGAUCGAUUAUCUUCUUGGAGGAAAUCUUUUGACAAAUCCGUCAGCAGGGUCAGGAAAUCAUGCCAAAAUUGUUGCAAACGCUUUCUGCUUUGCUUCGAAAGUUGUUGAUAAACUUUGGGUUGGUAAGUAAAACACUUUGACUUAAAACUUUUUACAGAGGUAAUUUUACAUUAUGAUUACCUUGAGAACCUGUUUUCCUGUAUCUUGGUGAUGUAUUUGACUUGCCAGUAGCUCAAAGGGUUGAACCAAGAUUUCUCGUUUUCUCACCUGUCGAAUUGCACUAUGGGAUUGUUAAGGGAUGAAAUUGGACCCAGUUUCCUGUGCAACUACGUAAUUGCUAUUGACUGAGUGAUAGCGUCCCCAAAGCACUCCUGUAGUGCAGUUUGCCAGAACACCAAACUCUGAGCCUCCUGUUCACACUCAAAAUGGCCGAUAUAGAGAAAGCUUUUGUGCGUUUGACAAAUCAGAAAACUGAAAAGCGAUUGAAUGACGUAGUAAAGCCCGAAAGCUCGCAGUUCGUUUGCUUUGCCUUCUUUCUCGUAAAUCAUUUUCACCUUUCGUCAGGUCAAUCAGCAAUACGUUAUUCCAGUUUCGUUCUGUUUGUUUGUUUUCGUUUCUGUGUCGUACGAAAAUCGCUCUUUAUUUGUCGUCCAUACACGUCCAUGCAAGUUGCAAUGUGAAGGAAGUAUUGUGCUAGUUUGUAGUGUGGUUGACUCCGUUAGAUUAUUAAAAUUAAGGCUAGAGCAUCAAGUAAAUGUUUUACCAUUUCUAAGUUUGGCUCGCAUUUCGUACUAUUUUGAUAAGUUCAAGAACAAUAAACGCAGUGCUCUACCUUUGCAUAGUUCGUCUUUUAUUCGUCUGUACCUCUAUUUUGUAAAGUUGACAUUUGUUUAAUUCACACAGAAUUUCAUCACUCUCUUCUCGUAUUUUUUACUCUUCUUGUAUUUUUAUAGGAAACUUUACUCAUGGUUAUAAGACUGUCUUUAACUUCCUCACAAGUAUGAUUGAUGGAGUAAAAGGUAAAUCCAAGUUUAUACUCACUUUAAGAGUAAAUAAAACUUAGGAUACGAAGUCUCUAUUAACAACGAUAUAACAACGCUUUUCUUAGCUUUUUUUUAAUACUGGGUAGCCUGUGUUGCAGCCAGACUUGUCACUCAAGACCUAAAUAAAGAACUCGACGGUCUGCGAUGCAGGCUAAUUCUGGGGAGCUUUUUUAAAGUGUGCACUAAGGUUUUUCAAUCCUAGAUAUCUGAGAACAAACCUCUGGAGCCAGGCUAGUUGGUUAGUUUUUUUGCCUGCUACCAUUGCUGUGGGUUUUAUUUAGUGUCGAGCAACGAAGCACAUUUGACAGAUAAAAUGAUUUCAUUCUUAGCCACCUCCUAUUCGUUUCCUUUGUUAACCUAAUUGUCGUUUGACUCAACAGGUCAGAAUGUAUCAUUGGAUAGUGCAUAUCACUCACUGAAUAGAACUAUCUUGUACCAGAUGUCCCGUCCUUUGGCUCGCCUUACGGGUAAGGACAUUGAACAAUUUUUAGGUCAAGCAAAACUGAUUUGCCUGUUGUGACUGUGUUGUUGAGAGACUGAAUUUGUAAAGACGACCUUUAAAUUAACACAACCCCUGUGUACUCAAAUUCCCACGGCAAAACCCUCAGUGCCAUCAUGAGACAUCUAGAAAAAGGUAGGGAAAUUUACCAAUUUGUAAUAUGCAAAAAGAAAGGAGCCAGUUUUUUUAAUAUUAUACCCUGACUUUUGUGUCAUUUUCACCGUCUUUGCAAAGUUGCCUUACCUAAUAUGGUUCAUCACUACACUGACUUAUUUGAUGCACCACCGUCAAUUGCAGAAGUUGAUCUAAAAAGUGCAAAAUUUUCCACAAGUUACAGGGUUUGUAAAUGAAGUGACAUGUAGAGGGCAGGGUUUUAUGCCUUCCAUGGGCAAAUACUUCAAUAAUUUUCAUAGAAAUUGAUCAAAUAUAAAGCAUGUAAUUGGCUUCUUAUGCCAUGCCAUGUAGCACCCUUAGGAGAAAAAGAUUUAAACACCGUAAUGCUGUAUUAUGCCUGAGAAUCAUUUAAAGCCUUAAAGUUAAAUUUGUUUUAACCAUCCUUAUCUUCCUUCUGUCCAUUUCAGAUCAAACAAGUUUGUUAGAGUUCCUGCACAUGUUGACCACAAAUCACAAGCUUGUGUUUGCACCAGUGAACAAUGAGCCUGAGUUUAUUGCUGGUCUGUGUCACUGGCUUCUUGUUAUGGGGACUAACAGUGAAAAUCAGAUCAGGGAUAGUAUUACCUCUGAAGGUGAUUCAGUUUGCUGUGUUCAGUAGUAUUCUUCGCAUUAGGAUCCGUAUUUUGUAUUACUUGGCUUUGUAUCUCAAUUAAGUGGAAAAGUUGAAACGAUUUAAGAUGGAAUCCACCAGGAAAUUGAGUAAUUUUAAUUUUCAGUGGACAAAAACCUUGUACCUGAAUAGUUUAAAGCAUAUUGCAUUCAAAUUUACAUUUUUGAAGGGCUAAAGAUGUAAUUAGUCAUCUGUAAUAGCAGGAAAGAAAAUUUCUUAUGACAGCCCGAGAAAAUGAAUGUCAAAUUUCACAAAACUACAUCUUACGCAUGAAAUUUUCAGAAAUUUACCUGUGUUUUCACAAUUCAAUAUUCUUCAAAUUAUUUUGGUACAAGGUUUUUGUCCACUGAGAAUUAAAAUUACUCAAUUUCCUGGUGGAUCCCGUCUUAAGAUGUCCUAAGAUGUUUACGGACUAUCGAAAACUUCGAGUGUUUUUGUGUUUAUCAGUCAUGUAACUAUUUAGAUGUUGGCCAGGUUUAUAGUAAGGGAGGGGGAGAGUUCUUUUAGACAUCAUGACAUCUCCAUGACAUGCAAGUUAAGGCUUUGCUCGUGCACACUAUUCUAUAAAUACCUUAGAUGAUUGAACUAGCGAAAAAUGAAGUUCACAUUAGUAUCCAAGGUGAUGGGUAUUUCGGUCAAGCCAGCAAAAUUGAGAACUGUAUUAUUUAAUUGAAGUCGUUUUCAUAGUGUUACAUUGUUGUGCUUUACGAUUGGUAAAAAACCUCACAUCACCUUACUGCCCUUUUCACAAACAUACGAACUCUAAAGUUCAUAAGCCGCCUUCACAAUUGCGUUUUUCACUGCCGCCAAUCAUAAUUACGAUCACAAGCAACGAACCUUAAAACACAAAAACACACAAAACGGAUCGAAAUCCACCAAUCACAAAUCACAAACCUUGACCUUUUGAACCCGUUAAAGUAAAGUUUUGUUUCCUAAGAGGUCCGUUAAGAUGAUUGACAGCAGCGAAAAACGCAAUCGUCAGUUGGCUUUUGAACUUCAAAAUUCGCAUGUUUGUGAAAAGCGCAGUAACUAAUCUUGGGUUAGAGACUGUUGUGAGUGUUUUGUUUACAAAUACACGCACGCGCCUACCGUACAAUGAACGAGAUAUUUUCAAUACUGCGCGAAUCGGAACUGAGUGCAGUAUUGAAAAUUUCGAGUUCAUUGUACGGUAAGCCAGUGCGUGUAUUUGUUAGCAAAACACGAACUAGACAGUCUCUAAUCCUUUUAAUAUUCAAUAUGAAUUCACUGCGUACGAUGGUCUUGCAACUGCUUCGCAUUCUUGAUAGAACUUAGUUUGCCUUUCUGCAAUUACUUCUUUAUUCAAGCUGUCCAAGUCUUCACUACGAUAUUUGAGCUGCAACCAUUCUGGGUUACAAAGAGAAAACACUAAUUUAAAAUCGUAUUUUCAUUCAACAGUUACUAAAAAAAACAACAGCAACAACAUUGACAAACCUACACUCUGCCGUCAUAAAUCAAACGACGACACAAAAAGCGGAGAAAAUUACCAAAAAACGCUUUCUUUUUGCUUACCUCACGUUGAAAACUGAGACACUCGAGUUGGUUUGCCGUUUUAUAUUUGCUGGUGCAGCGCUGUCGAUAAUUUCAGCAAUUUUAUCCUCUUCAACCUCAGAAAAUCUCGAAGUCGAAGCCAUGUUUGAACACUGCACACUUAUAAUGCGUUGUUAGGGAGCGUACGCAACUACGACGACGACCGCAAUGACGACUUCAAAAAAACAAUAGGUAUAAUGAUCAAAACAACAGCUCUGCACGUGCAUCACGCAUUUUAGUACAUUUCUUUGACGUCCACUGCACGACUGCGACGUGAAACCUCCUAAUUUGACGUUUUAUGGAGGACGUGGACAUACGACGACGAAUUUUCCUUCCUCUUUUUGAACCUGAGUAAAAUCCUUAAUAAUUCAACUCCAGGAAAAGUCGCCUGCAUUUGACAUAUUGAGCGGGUCCAAAUAGACGCGAUUAAGUUUGAAAGAACGUAAAUUCAUUUUUUUACCGACGUUUUCACUGGCGUUGUCGUCGUCCUCCCCCCUCCCCUAUUAGGGAACUUGAGAACCACGACGAAGUCCACGACGACGACGUCUGUUGACUGUGAAAAGACUGGAACGAGAACGUCAGUUUCGGCGGGAAAAAGGAAACUUAAGAUGCAGUCGGUCGGUAGGUCGACGACGACGACACUGAAUGUAAACACAAAUGUAAAACUGUGUUGUUCGUUCGCAACAAAGUUUUUCGCAAUGGCGUCUUUUAAAACAAUGCAAGAUCUUAUUUUUGAAACCCUAAGUCUAAUUUCAUUGACGAUGAAGAAUUUUUUGUGUUGUCUGACCUUUUCGAGUGGAAAAACACCUACUUUCCGUACGAAAUUAUUCAACUUUCAACUUGAAUGAGAUGAGCGAGUCCGAGUGUCUGUCAGAAUUUAGAUUUCGAAAAAGAAAUAUUCUGAUUUGAUAGCUGUUUUCCAUUUUUCUUUACUCUAUAUAUUAAAGAUAUAUGAUUUACCUUACCUAAAUACGUACAAAUAAAUUUAUCACUUACGAGUUCGCUCGCUCGGCCUCCACAGCUGUUGUCAUUCUUCGAGGCAAAAUCAAUUCAUUGGUCGAAUUUUCAAUAAACAUCGCUUGUUAGGAGGAAAAAGGAACGGUACCUGGAUUUACGAGGAUAAGAAAAUGCAAUUUUUAGUGAUUUUUUUAAUUUUUAGUGAUGUACUAGUGAGCAGCACACUUAUACUUCCAGUGAACAUUUACACUUGGAAGAAGAAGAAACCAUGCUCGCCCGGGGCAACGAAAAUUUUUUUAAUUUUUAGUGAUGUACUAGUGAGCAGCACACUUACACUACCAGUGAACACUUACCCUUGGAUGAAGAAGAAACCAUGCUCACCCGGGGUAACGAAAAUUUUCGUGCCCCGGGCGAGAAUCGAACUCGCGACCUUCCGCAUACUAGAUCGGACGUUCUAACCACUGAACCACCAGGGCUCUAGCGUUAGUGAAGUCGGAAUUCUACUAUACCAGCAGAGUGUACUACAGUUCUGUACUGGGAGCUGAGUGCAUUGCACUUCUAUGCUCAGUUUCUCGUGUGGCUUCUGCUAGUUUCAUUAAAGUAAUUUUUAGUGAUGUACUAGUGAGCAGCACACUUACACUUCCAGUGAACAUUUACACUUGGAAGAAGAAGAAACCAUGCUCGCCCGGGGCACGAAAAUUUCCGUUGCCCCGGGCGAGCAUGGUUUCUUCUUCUUCCAAGUGUAAAUGUUCACUGGAAGGGUAAGUGUGCUGCUCACUAGUACAUCACUAAAAAUUGCAAAAAUCGCUUAAAACAGUGGGUUUUUAUCUGCAGAAGCUUGUGGAUUGCAGGACGAAAUUUACCGGUCGCGCUUGCGCAGUACACUGUAACUCACCUCCGUUCGUCGUCGACCUAGUCGUCGUCGUGGUUCUUAAGUUCCCUAUUGUCAAUAACGCGCGCUGUCACUUUGAUGUCGCUAGGUAACGAUAAAUGAUGUGACCAAUUUUAACCAAUGAGGCCCGCGGAUUAUAGACAUAAAUAAAGCUCUAAUAGUCGUGAAUUUGUGAUACGCGAUUUUCCGCUCUUUUCGUGGCUUGCGUGAGAUUUGAUUGGUUGGUUGGAGUGUCUAGGUUUGCUGUGAUUGGCUAGAGAGGUGUAAUAGCAGUAGACUGAAAGGUGCUGUGUUGUCUCAUUGUAGUUGUUGUAGGCACAACUGACAUUGGUGAAGAAGUGUCUGAAGAGAUUGAAGCUGAGGUCGACCGUGAAGAAGAUUCCAGCUGUACCAGACUCCUGGCAGCUGCCGCCGAGAGAGUCUGGGACAUAUUCUUGCAGAAUAAGAGAGAGGUGAGGUUUUAUUCUUCUUUCUUCGUUUUUCUCCUCUCUUGGUAGAUCGCCUUGGAGAAGGUGAAGUACAGUAAAAACUCGCGUAUAAGAACCUAGUUUUUUCAACUUAACCUAAAUAGGUUCUUAUAGAAAUGGUGGGAGUUUAGGCUACUUAGGUUUUUAAAUAGGUUCUUAAUUUGAUAAGGGCACCAGCGAUCAGCACAGAUAACUGCUUAUUAAAUAAUUAUCUAGAAAACAGUUUAGAUGAUAACCAUGCAGUAAUUUUAUCUUUCCAAAGUACUAGCAUGCAUGUCUUUCAUGCUGCAGUAUCCGUAAAAUGCUGUGUUACAUUUCUGAAUCUUACUGACUGAAACCUAGACUUUUUUCCGGCUGUAUUUUCUUCUCCGCCUUCAUUUUCGUAAAAGAAGAACCUAUUGAAAUUUUAGGAUAAACAGGUUCUUAUGAAAUGGGGGUUUAAAAUGAAAAUUUUAGCCUAACAGGUUGUUAAAUUUUAGGUUCUUAUAUGUGGGUUUUUACUGUAUUAUCAUUGUUGCUGUGGAUUGGAAUAGUUGGUCAACCCAUUAAUCGACAGAUGAAGAAUGUGAUGCAGCCAACAAGAUAAAACAUUUUCUUCCCAUUCAGAUAUUGAACCCGAAGCUGAAUAUGAAGCGACUUUUGUUUCAAUAGCCUAUAGCGGAAUAUUCCGUCCAUCAGUUGAUACGUCUAGGCCGUCUAGAGAUCCAUAUCGCUCUGUCAAAUCUCAACAUCGAUGUCAGAAUCGUCGUUCAGGAUCAUUAUGUUGUCAUUGAACAAGAUGCAAUGCGCAAUUCCUUGUUGAUGAAAUCAGAAAGUGAAUAAAUGAAUGAUUUUCCUUUUUUUUGCUAACUCCAAGUAUUUGGAGUAACUGUUAUGGGGGGCGACUAUUAGGCAGGGGGCGUUUAUUAGAGAGGUGCGUCUUAUACAAAACUAACAUCGUUAAGGCAGUGUUUAUUAGACAAGAGGCGUUUACGAUUUGAGAGGGGGCGUCAAUUAGAUCAUUUACGGUAGAAUUGUUUUAUGUUUUGUAGGCAAUCGAUGAUGCAUUCAAGAUUUCUCUUCCUAAGCCUAGCUUCACUUCCUACAGCCCAAUGGAUUAUGUAGAACACAUGUAAGAUCAACUUUCAAAUCAUAUUAGGAACGCCUUUUGCACAGUCUGAUGAUGCAUAUCCUGGUAAUCAGGAACAAACACUCUGAGGUUUUAGUUUUCCUUGAAAUUUGAUUAACCCCUCACUCUCAGAAGCGCCAAAACUAAAAUUAAAAGUCGAUCAUCCGAAUUUUCUAUGGUGUUUAAACUCGAGUGGCACCAAGCAAAAGUUGUGCAAAAAGUGCUUUCAUUUCAAUCAAUGGCUACAUCAUAGCAUUUCAUGACAGAAAUGCAGUAACAACAACAAAAGUAGUACCUAAUAAAAAAGUUCUUGAGAGGUUUCAUUUCAAAGGUCUGUGGAUUUCAUUCAGAGCCUUAACAUUUGAACUGAAUACUCAAUAAAUAGUACAGUGAAACCUAUAUCAAGCGGACCCCCAAUUAAGCGGACCCCUUCUGUUAAGCGGACACUAACGAACCCCUAUUCAGCGGACACUAGAAUAAGUUGUAUUUGGCUAAUUUCUAUUGUUAAAAACCUCUAUUAAGCGGACACCGGACUGAAUUGACAAUAGUAGUAUUAAAUAAUGUCCUUGAAAUACGUACUGUAGUUGAUUAAUAAAAUUUAGCUGUCAAAAGUUCACCUAAAAGUCUUGCACAGAACACAGCACAGCUUCCUUAGCUUCCUUAACAGCAAGAAACUUUAUCACACUACAGAGUAACCGUUGAAUGUUAAUCGUUGACAAACAUAGCGCAAUUUUUACAAACCUCUACUAAGUGGACACUUUCUAUUAAGCGGACGCUUGGGAGGGUCCCAAAGGUGUUCGCAUAGCAGAGGUUUCACGGUACCUUGUGAGAAUACUGCUGAUGAGGUUUUAUUGAAUGAAUGAUCAACACACAGGGUCUUGUGCACAAAACCACCUUCCUUGUUCCCUUUUUGACUGUGGGAGUGAAUUUGAUAGAUUUGAUGCCAUGAGAAGUUUUUUCAAUGUUAUCUUUAUUUUUAUGAUGAUGAUGAUGAUAUGAUGAUGAUGAUGAUGAUGAUGAUGAUGAUUAUUAUUAUUAUUAUUAUUCAGGCCAGUAGCAGUUGGAAGAGGAACAAAUCUAAAUUUGGACCUAAAAUCUGUCAGGUAAAUUAGCAUUUUACCUUUAAGCGAAGACGAUCGUCUUCAUCUCCAUAUUGGUCCAGUAUUGGGUGAAGUGUUGAUUUAAUGCUGAUUACAACAUAACACUAUUGUAGGCCUCUGAUUGCCGAUCCUGCAACUCGGAUGUGGAUGGGGUAUAUCUCAAAUGAAGAAAGACACAGAGUAGAGGUUCUUGGUACACCGGUAAGUUACUAGUGAUUACUUAGUAUGGCUGUUGUUUGUGAAGUUUCUCAAAAUUAUACAAGGCAAGAGCAAUUUUAAGAAAGCAUCCCUUUUUUGCACCGGUCGCUUAUCGUAUGAGAAGUUCCUGUAGUUUCGAAAGUAUGUCUAACCAAACAACGUGUUAUGCAUCGCUCUUGUAUCCUAUGAACCAAUAGUUUGCUUUCACGUGACGUCAUUAAAAUCCAUGAUCGCAAGGAGUUUUAGGGUUUUAUCCCCACUGGGUAAUCUUCCCACUUGUUCGUGUGAAUUGGACUCGGUUGGAACAGCUUCGUGUCAGUGACAAGUGAAUGUCAUUUUAUCCCAUAGAAACCAUCUGCCAAUAGAAAACAGCCAACCUUGCGUAUGCUGAGUACAAAGAAAACCAAGAAAGAGACAAAGGAUCACAAGACAGUAUUGAAAGAUGCUCAUCUGUGGCGCAUGAGGCACGUUAAAGUUGUACGAGAUCUGGUCAGACUUCACCAUAAAAAUCAUCUUCAGGUAAAAAUACUGCCUUAUAUUUUUAAAGAAAAUAUUAGGUACAUAGCAGAGCUAUCUCCAUAAAACCACUCUUUUCUUUCUUAGAAUUAUCAACUCAUAUCCAAGUCAGUGGCGGAGGAGUGGUCGCUUAUGGAAGCUGAUCUUACACGAGAGCGAGGUUUGUGGGGUCCGCCCAGCAGCUCCCAGCUUGACAAAUGGGCCUUGGAUAUGGUGGAAGGUAAAACACUUUGUUGUUAUUGAUCAAGAAAUUUGCAGUCCAUCCAGUCUUUAAAGCGAUAUUUGGAAGGACUGGAAAUUUUUCUUCACCCACGAAAAACGGAUUGGUUGAAACAAAUUUCCCUCGCGGCACGACCAAUCAGAAGCGCUACCCAGAUCUGGGUAGUGACACGUCAUCAGUAUGGAAUUUCUGCGCUCGUUUCUCAGACCUUAUUUCGCGAGGAAACCAGGGGUGUUGUCGCGAAAUGUCGGCUGUUUUGUUGUUGCUUUCAAGCAAGAAAAACGGAGCUGGGUUCCGUUUUUCCGUGGGUGAACUCAUGCCAUAAGUUCAACCACACUUGGUCUAGUCCAGCCAACCAGCUCUUACAAGGUCAAGGGUGCGUCUCCCACUAGGGCCCACAUAAUUUUUUAUUUCCGAGUUUCUUUAAUUUACACUUCUCGUCGUAAAAAAAACGCACAUAGCGUCAACCAUUUUUUAAACAACUUGGCUUUUAUGAUUUCAGGUCCUCAUCGAAUGCGAAAGAAGAUGUACCGUAAUGACAUGUUUUACUUGCACUAUCCUUACGAUCCAAAGGUGGCUAAACUUGUCAGACAGGUAUGGAAACUAGGUUUUUUAAAAAAUUAAUGCACCUUCAUAGGUAUUUAACCUGUGUGUUCGGUGUGCAAGGUCUCGUGUUGGGGCUGGUGGGUGGAGGAGGGCAAGGCAAAUGACCUUUGUCGUCUCUUUCUUCCCCACCUACCCCUUCCCCAGUCAGGCAGCUCUCUUUUGCUUUAGAUAAAACGCGUAAGAAAUAAUAUUGAAGGGCAGACUGUUUCAUUUGUAUCAAAGCCAUUGGAACUGUUACCUCUCUCCAUCCAGUAUUUAAAAAAUGGCUACGUCUGAAGCAAUGCUUUGGAACAGAAUUUCACUUUCAUAUGAUAUCUAUAUUGGUAUUCCUUUCGCCCCUGUAGUCAAUCCUGAAGACAUACAAUGUUGUUCUCACUUUUGAGCUGGCGCCCAAAGUUCCACGGAACCUUUGCCUUCUGAAUGUAACAGUUUUAACAGUUAGAUUUUGUAUCUUCCUGCCAGAAACCAACGAAACACAAAGCACCAAUCAGUCGAGACAGCAAGGUACAUUUCAAGCUGAGAGGAAGUGUAGUACAGGGAUUGGGACCAAUUGAAGCCCUCACGCAGCAACAGGGUAAGUAGCGUUUUCUACCAUGAGUAUUAACCUACUGCAUCUAAGCUGUUCAGUAUCUGUGCAACCAACCGCAGUCAUAUCUAGUCUUUUUCAGAAAAUUUUUACAGUGUUUUAUAUUUUCAUAUUAAAGCUGAAGGAGGAGAAAAGAAAGCAUUGCCAUCACAAACGAUUUCAACAGAACCGAGCAAUUUUACUGAAGAAAAUGAAGGAAGUGAGGUGAGGAGUUGAGCAUGAAGAGGUUUUUUUUUGACGGGGCGGAAGGGGGAAGCGCUUGGUUUUGCGUUGGAACGUUCUCGGAUGUAGCCAACUGUAUGCACAAAAUGCAGUUUUUCACCGAUUUUGCCACGGUAUGCGAACACGCGGAAGUAUUACUGCUGCCCGCAGAACACGUUCCUACGAAGAAGAGAGAGAUGUACAAGUACCUUACCACACUGAUAACAAAUACACGUUGAAACGAAUUUGUCGACGGUUGGCUGGGAACUUGGAGGUUUCGUCGUAUUAUUUCCCUAAGCAAGUGAAUGUUCUCUCUUUAUUCAUGUAAAGUUAUGGAACUCAAAUGGGUAAACUGCAGCGAAGCUAAUACUGCGAUGAACUUUCAACCCGUUUACGGGGUAGUAGCAAUAACCUGAACUGACACUGCAUUAAGCUGGGUUGUAUGUGGCUUACAGAAGGUACAUAAAUUUGAGCUAUUUGUGGUUUACGGGUCCCUUUUUCUGCCUACCUUAUAUUUUCUUAGUUGUUCCACCUUCAAUUCUUUUACGCGGGUUAUCAAACUAUACUGCUUUAAUCUGGUAGGUGGAUAACAACCAAACCAUUGUUAAACUCCUUGAAGCAGGCGAGACGGUGAGUAUGUAGAUUUCUUUUUCUUCCGUUUUUUUUUUUCCUAUUCUUACUCUUAAAUCUUUGGAUAAACUCCAAUAACAAUUAAUCACCGAAGUGGAGGUGGCUAGUGCAGGAUAUUCACUGAUUAAGUAGCCAAUCAGAGCGCGCGAAAAACACCAUCCACUGUUUUAGUGUAUACUAAAAUGGUUUAGUAGUUUCCCGUUCUACUGUUAUAUCGUGCAAGAGGACUAACUAAGUUUGUUAAUGAAAUUCUACACGGUGACGUUGCAGUAAACGUUUAGAUCUGUUCCAUUUUAAGUCAAAUAAACUCCUUGUACGCUUUGGAUGUAACAGUGCUAGUAGAUCUAAGACUUAGUAACUGUAAAUUUUGUUCUUUAAAUUACAACGUGUGAAUGUAUUUUGUUGUUAUUGUUGUUUCUCGACAGAUUCGUUCGAUGUUCCGCUGCGCUAGAAUCCAGGGCCUCGAUACCGCUGAGGGUCUGUUUCUGUUUGGACAGGAACAUUUCUACGUUGUGGAUGGCGUAACACUUUUGUCCACUAAGGAGAUUAAAGAUAUUGACUCUCUACCUCAAGGGUAUGAGCCUUCUCUCUAAAGUUAUAGUAUUUUUAUUUCAAUAUACUAAACUGCUUGUUGAGAAGUUUAUGAAAUAAACGAGUCGUAACAAUUCCCAAUACAGGCAUUUAAGAGCAGUUUUCAGUUGAAUGUCGAAGACAAUUCACAUGGCAUUGAUGUUACAUUAGCCACGCUUUAUCCUUGUUCCAACGUAAACCAAAACUAAUCGUAACUUUAGCGAAGACAUUAAACCGCGCUCUGCAGAGAGUAGAGUUUACUUAUCUCACUUGUAUCUCCAAAUUGCUUGACUGAAGUCACUGAACUGCAGUAUUUUAGGAUGUGUCGUGUAAGCUUCACUGACUUGUCUCCUUUUCCUCCAGGACACAUGAUCCUAUAAUCCCUAACCCUUCCCAUGAGAAGGCUAGAUCAAGCACAAUGGAGAGAAUGUAAGUACAACCAAUAUGUUGCCUCUAGGUCGUCCCUUUCCCUUCCUGGAAAGUGAACUUGCUCAAAGUCUAAGCUCAGCAAGGUCUUCGUUAGUCCCCUCCCCUCCCCCUUGAAAGUGAACUUGCUCACAGCCCAAGCCUAGCAAAGCUUAGUUUAUUCCCCUUUCCUCUCCCUUCAAAGUACAUUUACUUACGGUAUAAGCACAGCAAGGACCCUCCCCCCCCCCCUCCCGUUGAUAGCCGGUUAGCCGAUCACAUGCCGGCAGCCUGUUUUACCAUGCAUUAAGUAACCAUGCCAGGUACUUUGAAGCGUUCUCCAUAGUUUUCUGUACAGAAAUGAUUUAUCCUAUGUGUUUAUAGGUGCAGCAAGUGGGCGUAUGAAGAUAUCCGAGAGGUGCACAAAAGGCGAUAUCUACUACAGGUUUGUUUGCUUUCGAAUUUUUAGGAGACUUUUGAAAUAGACAAGACUUGAAAAUAAGUCCAUGCAGCGUUAACUUUUAAAAUUGAAGUUCAAUGCUAGAUACCAGUUAAAUAGGCUUCGUCGUUAAAGGUCCACUGAAAUUCUAGUCGCCUCUAAUGAGAUGUAGUUUCACCAAGUAAUACUUCAUUUUCCUUUACUCAAUCGUAGAACCAAUCAUCCAAAUGGUAAUCAUUCACUACUCGUAUCAUUCGCACGAGUCUCACCACUUGAAUCGUAAUUUUCAGGACUUGAACUACUGGCGAGUAUUAGAAAACCGUCAUUGUUUAAGUCACCAUUCAAAUAAAACGCUUUUAUAAAAUAAUUAACGUUAUUGUUUGUAUCAUUGGGUCUAUGGGAUGGUACAAAAUGUACGAUGUACCUUACCUUGGCUCUUGUGUGCACUCCUUUUAGAUAUAAUCGCUUCUAUUUUAUAUUGUAUUUUUUUCGUUUCCAGGAGACAGCUCUGGAAGUGUUUUCCAGUGACGGACGAAACCAUUUUCUUGUUUUCCCUAAACCUGUAAGAAGCAAAGUUUAUGAGAAGUAAGUCAUCCUUCUGAAUUCAAAUCGUUCGAAUAAUUCACCGCUAAAAUAAAGCCCGUGGUUUUUAACACUGCUUAUUGUUAAUUUGAGCAGCAUGGUGUUGUCUACAGUCAAGAGCCAUUAUGGCUCUUGAUACAGUUUUAUAAUGGGUAAUGGGCUGUGUUGUGUUAUGUUAUGUGCUGCUAUAGUACGUUGUAUUACGUCAUGUCAUGUUGAAUUGUGUUACGCCUAAGUUGUGUCACGCUUUGAAGUGUUGCGUUCUGUUGCGUUGCGUUGCGUUGCGUUAGAUAACCAGGACUGUAAGCUUUUACCUGUACAGUCAAAACUGUAUUAGGCAGUCACCUUCUUCUGGCAAAGUCCCGAAAAUCAUGUCUCUUAACUACUGUAAAACGGACCUGUAUUAAGCGGUCGCGGUCACGUUGUCCCAGGUCCCAGUUAUUUUUUAUUGUCUUCACACCUCUGUUAAACAGUUACUUUCUCAAGAUGUACCGUACUAAUUCAAUACAUAUAAAUAUGAUGUGCGUGGCGUUUAUUGGUUUUUUCAUUUAUUUCUUUUGGCACAAGAAGGGGAAGACAACAAUUUCAGUUUCACCAUCUUCGUUUUUUUUAAUUAACUCUUAUGUUUGUCAAACCUGUAUUAAAAGGUCAACCCCAAUAGGUAGGUUGGCUAUUCCCAAAUACGGACCGUAUUUACCUGUAGUGAGUGUUUUCUGUCCUCUCUAAAAAUUGCUUUUUAUGUGCGUUCUCUGGACAUAAAAAACGUGUGGUAUGCGAUGUUUUUUUUUUCUUUUUUUUAAUAGACUCGUGAACAAGGCACCAACGCUGCGUGAAAACGCUGAAGAGUCAGUUGUGGGAAUGAAAUGGGACACGGAUGUCGAGGCUGGGUCAGUGAGACUCUUUUCAAUUAUAUUGUGUUGUCUUUUCUUUUCUGUUGUCCCGUUUUCUGUUUUAGCAUUUUAGAUCCAUAGUAACUUAUGGUUCAGUCCAGAGGGGAUAAAGUUUUUAAUUUUCGUCUCUUUCACUUCUGCACCUCUAUACUUUUUUGCAGGAGCUCUGAUUACCCUUAAGUUAUUGUGCAAAGGUGGUUUAAAUGAAUUGCAUUCAUAAAUUAUUAAAUUUUCACCAAAAUUUCGUAUCGUGUUUUAGCGAAACUUUCAGGCAAUUCACGACAUGUCUUAAGAACAGCAGAACAUUAACAAAACAUUUCGGUGUUAAUUUCAAACCAAAAUCUUUAUACAAUCAUGAUAAAACGUAUAACGCGUUUCUUUUUAACUUAUUUACUGGUGGUGUUUUUUGCAUUUUUACCGUUCUUAUUUGAUAGGUUGGGUCUGAUCAACACACUGAUGGGAGAACGAUCAGUGACACAGAGAUGGGAGGUAACAUUACACGAGUCUUAUUCUCCCUACAGUAAGAGUACAAUGCCUAAGACAGAGACAACAAGAAUACCGAAUAUCAUCAACCAGAAGAUCUAAUCUACCCAUGCAUCGUCAGCCCAUAGUUAAGUUUUGACACUGCAAUAAAUGACCAAGUAAAAUGUUGUCCUUGUCAGCGGUAUUGUAGCCUGCAGAAGAAGAAUUUGGAUGAGCUCCGCUUUGGUGUGUCACCGCUUUUGCUUUUGUCCUAAUGAUUGUUUAUUGAUGGUUUGUCUCAUUAGCGAGGUGAAAUAACGAACUUCCAGUACCUGAUGCACCUCAACACUCUGGCGGGCCGCUCAUACAAUGAUCUGAUGCAGUAUCCUGUCUUUCCUUGGGUCCUGUCUGACUAUGAAUCUGAGGUAUAUAUCUUUAGCCCGAUUUAAACCGUACAGCCUUGUCGUAUGUGAUGUGCUCUCUGUAAGCCUACGGCACGAGUUGUGUCGUGUAAAUAAAACGUACAACUGACGUACCUACGAUUGUCGUAGGUUUGAUUUACACGACACAAUUUGUGCUGUAAGCUUAUCGUAAGCGCAAUGCAUGUGGCAAAUUGCACUCCGUAAAUCAGCCUUUUUGAAAACACACGUCAAUGUUGAGAAGUGGACUGUCUAUCCUCCUUCCGCCCUCCUCCCCAUCAUAUAUAUACCUCUCAACGCAGGAUAACUCGCAUUGAAAACGUGAUGACGUGGGAACAUUAAGGGUGGUGGGGGGGGGGAUGCAUGUCUUGUGAAAAAAAGCGAGAGAAAGUAAUGAAUAAGACCCAGAGGAAGUUAAGUACAUGUGCGUGUUGUUUAUCAUUGGUCCACCACAGGAGCUAGAUUUGGCCAAUCCAAAGACAUUCCGCGUGUUUUCCAAACCGAUGGGAGCUCAGUCUGAAGAGCGACUCUUACAGUUCCAAAAGAGGUACCGGGAGUGGGAAGACCCGACCGGGGAGACUCCGCCUUGUCACUACGGAACUCAUUACUCGUCAGCGAUGAUAGUGGCGUCGUAUCUCAUCCGACUGGAGCCGUUCGCUCAGCAUUUCCUUAGACUUCAGGUAAUCAUGCUACUCCUGAGAGGGGAAAGAUGUCAACCGGGAAUCUACCUCCGGCUUUUAUACAUGCCCCUAUGAAACCCACUACUCACCAGCUAUGAUGGGAACAUGCUCUCUCAUUUUUCUUGUACAUAAUGCAUUCCCUAAGGAAAAUACCAAGAAUCGAGUGAAAAUAAAGCUGUUUCCCGAGAGAUCACUUGGCAUUAUGUGUUUGUUGUGUAGUAGCGAAGAAGAAUUAAAGUCGGAUAACUCUCCCUUUCCUGAUCGACAUUUCCUGCUUCUUAUCAACGUAGAUGUUCUUACCACGAGUAAAUUUUCAAGCAAGCAAAAGUUGAUGGAAUUGUAUCCUGCACGGGAUAUAAUUCAGCCAUUGCUGCCCGCAUGGAGGGGAUAACUUGUAUUAAGUUCCUAUCUCGUGACCUAAGCCCACAGUGGGAGCAAGCGAUUGAUUACUAGACCAACGGGCUAUUUAUUUAUAACAAGGUGUGUGUUAUUGUCUUAUGUUGUUAAUUAUCACCUAUUUUUAAUAUUCUAACAGCUCUCUUGUCUUCCCCUUGCAGGGUGGUCAUUUCGACCUUCCUGACCGCUUGUUUCACUCAGUGAAAGAUGCCUGGCUGUCAGCUGCUCAUACCAACAUGGCGGACGUAAAGGAACUCAUCCCCGAGUUCUUCUAUCUCCCAGAAUUCCUUACGAACCAUAACAAGUUUGAACUGGGUACCAAGCAGAACGGAGUGGCUCUGGGCGAUGUUAUUUUACCACAGUGGGCCAAAAAUGAUCCGCGAGAAUUCAUCCGGCUUCACAGGAAGGUUGGUAUAUUGUUAUUCAUCACAACCGUUGCUCCAUCAGAUGGGAACGGGAAAAAAAGAUAGUCUGCUAGCUGGCGGGAUUUAUUGCGCUCAACUGCGUCAAUCCAUGGGCGCUUUUGUUGUUUUUGUUCAGGCUGUAAAGCAGCGAAAACUGAAUGAGGAAGAGUCAAAUUUGGGGAUUUUCGCCGCAAGCCACAUGCCGCGGCUCCUUCGCUAAAAAGCCCUUACCCUCUCUGAUCCCGUGAAUAAACGCUGGUUGCAAAAGGUGGAAUGGUAAACAAGCUCGUCGGGCAUCUAUUGUGCCAUAAUGUGCUUUACGUACGGGAUUCGGCUAAGAAAGUAACAGGUUUGAAUAAUCUGCAAGUUCAAACAAAUGCCAGGUCCACCAAGACAAGUUUGAAAUAAAAAUUACCGUACUACUGUAAGUUAUGGUAAUGCUUACUGUCUUUAAUUGGAAUGUACCUGCGGAUUUUGUCUACAGAACCGCUAAUAUCACCGCAGGAAAUUGUUUGUCAGCUGAAAGCUUUCAAGUGAGAUUUGCUUUGUCAGAUUGGCGCUACAGUGCGCUUAGUUUUGCAUAGGAUAACACGUGUGAAUUUUCGUUUCCAGGCGCUAGAGUGUGAUUACGUCAGCGCUCAUCUUCAUGAAUGGAUUGAUUUAAUAUUUGGAUGUAAACAGCAGGGAUCUCUGGCUGUGGAAGCUAACAAUGUUUUCCUACAUUACUUCUAUGAGGGAAAUGUUAAUAUCCUUUAAAAAAACGCUUGAAAUUUUCAAGCAAUAUCUACCCUCUAUAGAGUCAGUAUGUAGUUGUGGUUCCAACAUAUUACGCAGCGAGUUUUCUUCGGCAAAUCCACGCGGUUUAGACAUUUUUUUUUUUUUCAGUCUUCGAAACCGGUAUUGGUAUUGUUACCGAAGUGACUGGGGUGGAGGGUGUGGUGAGUGGGAGUACUACUUGUUCUGAGAUCUCAUUUCCCACCCCAACCUGUGGAUAAGUUUUUUGGGGUGGGUGGGAGGUGGGGUGCAAGUUUUGUGUCGUUAUCUGCAAAAAUGCACGAGCCUGUUCUGUGGGAAUAAGGAGGAUCAUCUUCCUUACGAAUUGCACGUUCAUUCUUAUGAUUUGCUGGAUUCUGUAUUAAAAAAUGUUGAAGAAAGCCGGUACGAAUCCCCAAAAAUGUUUAAUGUUGUGUAAUUAAUAGUGUAAAAUCGUUCAGUAAGAAUAGAAAAGAAAAAUAUGUCUGAUUGUAACGAUUAGUAAAAGGGGAUCAGCACAGGGUAAAGUAACGGGGAGGAGAGUGAAUACGUGGCCAAGUGUGAAGCUGUAGCAAAGGAUUGUGGUCGCAUUGUUAGAUUUCUUUAACAGUUUUCACAUAUUCAUGGGAUUGAUGAUCCUGUAAAGAGAAAUGCAACUAUAAGUAUUAUUAACAACUUUGGACAAACGCCCAAACAGGUAGGGAUUAUCUGUAUUUCAGUAAUUUACUUUGUUGUUUUUAAAUUGUUUACUGGAAUAUUAUGCCUCAAAACCACUUUCCUUUUGUAGCUGUUCAAACGUGCCCACCCCCCUAAGAAGGUAUUUCGCAGCGUGGAGCCUGAUUCGCAGACUGGAAUACUGGUGAAUGUUGAUCGAUUAUUCUUUCAUAAUCUUCCAAAUCUCGUGCCUUCAGCUCAGCCCGUCAAAGGUUUGUACUUUCCUUCUAAGUGUUAUUAUGAUCCUAAUGCUAAAUUAUCCCCCUGAUGGGAAGUGCUGUUGACACCAUAAGAUUUGAUCCUCAGAAACAAACUACCUGUACGUCUAAAGUGCCACGGAUUUUAGUUUUUACCACAAUGGUCACACUUAAGGAAUUCUCUGAAGGACUCAAAGGUUAGAACCACCCUGUACAACAUUAAAAAAAGACUAGUACUGGCCUCUCAGAAGCUUUCAUUAGAAUGGUCUCACUUUAAGUAGUCACUCUCAAACUCAAAGGUUAGGCAAAUUUUUUGCUGUGGGAUUAAGUCCUUGGUGGUCGUACGUUAAGUGCGCUUUUGAAGUUUAUAUUUUGAGAAUUUUUGUAUUUGUUUUGUGUCGUGGACAGAGCUGAAGGGACCUGUUGGACAGAUGAUUCAAACUGAUAACAGAGGACUCCUGGCAGUGGAACGAAACAAGGUUUAAUUACUUGUCUUGUCUUUUUAUGUUUAUUAUUCUUUCGUUCAACGUCAUUAAUUGACAGUGUUUAAGACCUGGUCAAACUUGUUAGCAUUAUUGCGAAAAAUGUUUCUGUUGUCGUGUCCAAAACGUGGAAUAUAAUUGAUUCUGAAGAACACUAUGCAUUCGGUCGAGGAGGGAAAUUAUAAUUUCAAACAUUUACGUCCACAGUAACUUUCUUUGGGUAGCCAGGUCGUCAAUUAUGUCGCUCUCAAGAGUUGCUUCAAAUCAAACUACAUAAAAAUACCCAAUCUGAUUUCGUUAACUACCGAAGAACAAGUGGUGUAAUAUAAAAGUACCCAGAGCUGAAGAGAUUUCAUUUGAAUGGUCACACCAUAGGAUUUCAUCCACAGACUUAAAAGAACUACAUGCGAAAUAAAUAGUACCGUAUUAAAGUGCUGCUAAAGAGGUUUCAUUUAAUGGUUAAAUCAGACUGGAGACUCAAACGGUUUGUCUGCUUCUUCACUCUCGUUCGCCCGUUGCUGUUGUUUUAUGUUUGGAGUUUAUUGUAAUACUAUAUCCACUGAGUCAUAUCUUGUUAUAGGUGUUGGUGCCUCCUUAUAACAACCGCUACAUCGCCUGGGGCUUUGGUGAUCUGAGCAUGCGUACUGGAGUUUAUGAAACGGAAAGGGUAAUUUGUUUUAGUGUCUCCACUAGUUUAAAACUGGAGUCAUCUAAGCAUUUAAAACAGUCACAUUCAAGACUGUAAAUUGAUGAUUUCAGCCAUCUGAAAAUUGAAUCAGGGGCUUAUAUCAGAUCAGCUACCAGUAAAACAUAAUCAUAUAUUUUCCAGUGCUUCCUACGAUUUUCCCGCUUUUAUUUAUUGAGUCGGGCAGACAUUUUGCAGCAUUGUUUAUUUGCUCGACCAUUUCGAGCUCUGAAAUUGAGGAAGCUUUCAUUGGUAUCAUUAAGAUAAGAACUAAUACAGUUCGUUCCAGACCUCGUAAAGCAGACUGUAUCUUAAAUAUUCCAAAUUAAUCGUCGAAACACGAGGAAAAGACGGUCUUUUAGUUUAUAUGAGACCUCGUGAGGUCUGAAUGUGAAUAAAGGGGUAAAUUAUUGAGCUGCUAUGAAAAUAAGGAUGAGCCACGUCUAUUUUGUACAGGAAAAAACUAACGUAACACAGUCUGAGGACAGAAAUAGUUUCCCUAAACGUAUACGCGUCACUCACCAUCAAUCCACUCUGUGGAGGAUGAAGGAAGAAAGUCUUUCAAAUAAGCUCACAAAUAAUUUCGAAAACCCUUUGUAAUUAGACUACGAGUGGUCCCCAUUUUUCCUCAGGGAUAGUAGAGCGAGCGAAACGCGAGCACGCGUGAAAAUUACCUCUCUCUCUCCCCGCCGCGUCUCGCGUUUCUCGCUUGGGGUGAUUUUCACUCGCGCUGGCGUUUCGCUCGCCCUACUAUCCCUGACGAAAAAUGGGGACUACUCGUAGUCUACUUUAUAAUCAGGACGAAAUACAUAAACUGGAGUCGAAAUCUUAGGAAGCUCCUUGUUGGCAGUAACGUUCCAAAGUCCAUCGUUUCGUUUGUUGUUGUUGUUUGAUUUGUCGACUUGUUAAUUGUAUGAAUAUCUUUUUUAGAUCCUCGCUGUUUACGAGAACUUCCAUAUUGGGCAAGUCCUUUGUGCCUCGUGCCCAGACUCCCGCACUCUCAUAACUGGAGGGACAAGCACGGUAAGCAACUAAAGGCGGAUCAGUUUAGGUUUCUGGGAAACUGCCCACCUACCCCACCCCUAAGCUAACAUUAACACUUACUUCUCAUUUAGGGCAAAAUGAUGGCUUGGGGAAGGGUUAGGUAGGCAGUUUCCCCGAAAACUAAAUUGAUCGCUAAAGGCAACAAAGUAUGGUACUCACCAAGAGCUCAUACGUCCGUCACCAUUAAGACUAAUUAAUUGUAUAUUAUUUGUUAUUUUAAUGUAGCUUGUUUGUGUCUGGGACAUGGUGAAGAGCAGUGGAAGGGAGAAAAAACCACAGAUCAUAUUACACGAAGUAAGUAGAUCAUCUGCCUCUACCCCAGCGGUUCUUUUGGAUGAUCUUUAACCCCUACACGUGUUCUUGUGACAGGUUUUAUAUGGCCACCACGCGUCUGUCACGUGCUUAGCUGUAUCCACGGCGUACAAUCUCAUCGUCAGCGGUUCCGAGGUGAGAGGUCAUAGCCUUGAAAUUCUACUACUGUGUUUUCUACAGUCUUAUAAGAUGUAGACGUUUUAAAGGAGUUAAAAGAAAUUCUAGUUGAUUUUUAACCAAUUAACAUCAUGUUAAGCUAAGUUAUUUUUUGUUGUUGUUGAUUUUUAACCAAUUAACAUCAUGUUACGGAAGGUUUUUCAGCUCUCUGCAGUUGUUAUAUGUUAUCCCGAGAUUUUGGAAGCUGUCCUGGUUCACUAUACCACUGUUGUGUGGCAUAGUGGUUUCGUUAAGUGUGAGUUUAUGACCGUAUAUUGUCACCCUCUGAAAAAUAAUCUUCUGUAUUGAUUGCAGGAUUUAACGUGUAUAGUGUGGGAUCUGAGUAAACUAACUUACGUCAGACAGUUGUCUCAACACAUGGCACCAAUCACAGCCAUAGCAAUCAACGACUUAACGGUAGGUUAAUUUGUAUCUUCCAAAGGUGCUACGGAGAUCUAUAGUUGUGUACUCUCAUAUAUAUAGGUGUGUCUUUAAGGUGUCCCUGUAAGUGAUUAGAUAGGUCAUUUCAGAGUUCGUUAAACUCUCACUUUCAAAACGAGGCUAAGUGCAAAACCUUGCUUGUGAAAAUGAGUUUUAUUUUCAUGAGAAUAAAGACUCAUUUUCUUAAUCACGUCGCUCUUAGCCUCCCUUUGAAGGGCUUGGAAGAUGGAAUGAGUAUAUACAGAAACCAAUUUUCCCUCUGGAGUUUGUUUAUUAACUUCUUGCUCAUAGUUUUUAAUCUUCAAUCACCUUGAUUAACAAGGUUCUAAGAAUUGUAAAAUAUUCUCGAAAAUAAGUUGUGCUAAGAACUCCAAACUAACUACAGCAUUUUACGACCGAAUAAAAUCUCGGCGAGACUUACAUGCAAAUCUUGCUAGAAUAUUUGUAGAAAGAGAUUUCGACUGUCGUAAUGCCCCCUUAAGCUUAGCAAGAUGUUAAGGAAAUACUGCGCAGUAGCUCUUGGUAAACAUGCAUUGGUAUGUGUGUAAGCAAACAACCACUCUGCUGGAAUAAAAAUUGCCCUCUUAAAUGCAGUGUCAUAGGAAUGCUUUCUUAACGCAUCCAAACUCUGUCUUGUUACCCAGUGAAGUGAAAUGUUUGCUUCAAAAACAAGUUCAGCGACCAUCCGGCAAGAAUAGACUGGAGGGAAAUAGUGGUGGUGGUGCUGGGUAGAGGGGAGAGUUAUUCGGGCACUGCUUGCCUCCCCACAGCUCUCUAUCACCGGUUUGCGUGGUCGUUACUGAAUCUGCUUGCUCACUCGACUAUCUGAACGGUUUAAAGCCUUCCUCAGUCAGUAAACGCUGUGGUGUUUUUCUUCCAGGGCGAUAUCGCGUCUUGUGCAGGCACGUAUCUUUACGUGUGGUCUGUGAACGGUCAAUUGAUUGUCAAGGAAAAUACCUCACUACAAAACAACAACCACAUACAGUGCUGCGCCAUGUCUGAGGUAAAUCCUAAGUAUCUUGAUCAGUAUCCAGUUUCUCCUUUUAACAUCUUUACUUAAUCAACCAUUAAGGUUGUAAGAACAAAGGGAAUGCUCAGCGAAAAUAAAGGUCCACAUUAGUCUUGAGUUUUGGACAAACUUUCCUCAUUAGUUCAAUGGGAAAUGUGUGAACAAAAGUAUGGAGAAUAUGUGUUGUGAUAAGUCUAAAAUGGUUCGCCUUUUUGGUUGAAUCUGAGUGCAAAAAUACUAGGUAGUGAAUUAGUUAUAUUCCUUGCGAAUGAUUUCGGUUCGGUUUUGGCCAAUGUUCGUGAGCAUUGUACACAGCAUAACAAACAUGGUCUCGAAUGUGUACUGAUGUGGACUGAUGAUAUUAGUUGAAUGCUACUUUGGAACUCGUCACUCAUUGUGCAACAACAACAACAACAACAACAAAUUUUAUUGAAAAUUGGAAAAUAACUAAUUACAUUACUUUCCCACCCGCAAAUAGCUUAUGAACUAAUCGAGGCGGGGGGAGCUGAAGACAUAUUACAAAACAAGAAUUAUAUAUAGAUGGACUAAAUAACAGUGAAGACACUACAAUACAGUAAAUAGAGUUUAAACUAACAUAAAACAAAAAACAAAAAACAAGGCAUGUACAUAACGAUUACGAAGAGAGGUUAACUAAAGUAUUAAAUAACUUAAUAAGACGGGAGACUUCGACAUAAUCAUCUUCUGACCGCAAAAAAUUUAGUAAUAAUUCCUUUAUUUUUUACGAAAGGACGAACGUUUAAGUAUUUUAAUCGAAUACGGAAUAGAGUUCCAAAUUUGGGCACCGAUUCUCGUGAAAAAGGCAUACAUUUUAUCGGUUCUAGAGAACUUAACAUUAAACGAGUCGAGUGUCUUUUGGCGAUACAACUCUUCUAAAGACUAGUGAUUUAAAAAUAUCGCUUCUUUGUUAAUUUUCAGUUGUCUGAAUGGGAUGAAGAAAAUGUGAUCCUGACGGGCAGCAUGGAUGGUGUAGUACGGGUAAGGAUCCGAUUAAAUAUGGGAGAAUAGCUUGCAUUUUUUUACUUAAAUGUGCUUUCUUUUAUUAAAGAUGUGGGGAAUCGAAUUCUUCGAUGAAGCAGCAAAAAGUCGGCGCAGUUCCAAAAUGUCACCUAAAAGAAGGGACUCGAUAUCGCCCAAGAAACAAGAGGAGAAAGCGGGCAUUAUUAACAAAGACCAAGCUUCUACUUCAAGGCCAAACGCCUCUUCCAGUGAUGGUGACAAGGCCUCUUUUACCCCGAGCCUACCAUCUGCUCGGCCAGCAGUAUCCUCUGAACAAGCAGAGCCUCGACCUGAAGUGACAAAUCACGAAAGCUCUGAAGAGAAAGGAACUGAACACGUGACCGUGGAAGCUGUAGGAAGCGACAGGAAGCGUCACGUUACUCCUAACUUACGUGAUGAAAGCAUCGAUGAUGGUUAUGUUAUUAUUGAACGCAAAGGAGGUAUUGAAGAAGAACAGUUAGCAAGACCAGGUAUUUGACACAGGGUUCGCAAAUACGCCAAAAUUGUUCAGAUGACUCCACUGAGGUUACGGAGGGAGUCACUUCGACUCCAAAAAGUUUCGAUAACAAACCAGUUUUUGUCAGGGCUGUCAAAACGUUUUUCAAUAGCAGGCUGAUAAUGAAUAGUAGGCGGCUUUGGAACUCGCACCAAAGGCGCACGUUUUUGAGGGCCGAGGCAUCUAGGGACACUGUGAAAUUUAGAAUCUCGGAAAUCGCGUCUCCAGGGGUGUUCAAUGGGUAUUUUCCACCGCGGACGCCAUGUUGUUUCGUCGGAAUACACGCAAGACUGGAAGCAAUGCCGUCGAAAUGUCCCAGGCGUUCCACGACGUCGCACGGUUCGAACGUUUCACAGGUCUGAAGCUGUUUAAAUAUGCGUUCAAUGUCAUUCAAAACUGGGAAACGGAUGCUUCACAAUUUUAUUCGAUGGUGCUUAUUUUUUUUAGCAGUUAUGACUCACUUAUGGUAGAAGGAGAUGGAAGUAGCCGGCUAAGGAUGGCGAACUAGCCGGCGGUUUUGGCCGGCUACCGGCCCUUAUUGACAGCCCUGAAUUUGUCCUUACCUUUUUCGCAACAAAUACAAUUUACGUUAAUACCUUAAUUAAAUCAUCGAAAUUAAAGAAUUAUAGUGCACGACAAAUCAGGAACAGGGUAAAUUACGAUCAAAGUUUACUCGAUCACGGCCAUCAUGAAUUUGAGCUCUCCAGGUCAGCGGACCGCCACAGCUACUUCGUGUAUCCCUCACGAUAGUGUAUACAUGCCGAGACCACGUGCUGGAAAUUCUGAUACUUGACUCCAAAUAUUCCAAAAUGACUCCAAAAUUUGUGAUGCAGAAGUCACACUGACUCCCCUCAUAAAUGAAAUUUGCAAACCCUGUUGACAGAUUUAUUGGCUUUUUUUCCCUUUAAAUUCUCUAAAUGACUGUAUUAUCAUUUGUGUUGUUUGUACGUGCUGUUAAUCGUGUGUCGUUUGCUUGUUCAUAUUCAGCGUGGAAAAGGCGUCUGGUGUUGAGACAUAAGCUGACCAUGCACACGGCAUUUGACAGAGAAGAUAAUGCCGCCCCAGCUGCUAUCACUGCUUUGCUUGUGUCCAAGUAAGACUGGCUUUUGUUGUGUGACUGCGGACUGAUUCACGAAAUGGCGAAUGACUGAUUACUGAUUACUUGAAUGACUUGUCGACUGACUAACUGAGUGAUUGACUUGUCUGAUUGACUCACUGCCCGACUGACUCGGCCAACUUACUGACUCUUCAUCUGAAAGUUAUAAAAUCCACGCUGUAAGAGGAUCUUAGCAUUGGCUGAACGUCGGUUUAAGACCUUAUAGCGUGGAUUUUAUACCUUUCAAAUGAAUGUUGAGUAACUACGCUUCGCGGAGAUUUUUUAUUUUUAAUCUUGUUACUCAACUAACUGACUGGUCUAACUGAGAGACCUACAUCAAUUGUAAUUACAGGUAACUGACUGAAUGACUGCGUGAUUGAGAUAAUAUUGAAUAAUCAAGGGCCUGUCAAUUUUGUUGUUGUUUUCUACCAGGGAUCAUCGUAAGUUACUAGUUGGCGAUUUCCGAGGACGAAUCUACAGUUGGUCUGUGACGGAUGCUGCAGGUAUGAAUGAGUUACGGUCUGUGGCUUGUGAAGUACGUUUUUUUGUAAAUAAUUUUGUACGCUUGUUGGCUUUUAGGUCGGAUGGCAGAUCACUGGGUUAAAGAUGAAUUUGCAGACCAGUGUUCGGGCUGUGGAAUUAAAUUUACUACCUUAAUUGAGAGGCGUCACCAUUGCAGAGAUUGUGGGAAGGUUUUCUGUGCAAGGUAUUACGUGUUCUUUCCUGUUAGCUUUUGUUGCGCAUGCUCUCAAGCUAAAAGUAUUACACUAUAAUUUCGGAUGUGUGACCAGUAUUUGAAUUUAAAUAGUUCGCAUUAUUAAGUAUCAUUAUGAAGGAUAGAGUAAUUCAUUAUUACGGAUAGCAAUGUACUACAUUGUUCCAGGUGAACAAUAUUAUACACUAACAGUCAUGUGAUUUUUUUGUAUUGUCAUGUAUUGAAAAGCACGUGAAUAGCCGUAUUUGAUCAAGUUGUUACUGUGAUGUGAUCACUUAAAUAUUUUGUAGGUUCUAUCCUGUUUCUAAUUAUUGGGGUUUUAUCGCCUCCUUUUUAGGUGUAGCUGUUACGAGGCAGAGAUCGCCCGUCUUGGUAUCCAUGCCCCCGUGCGCGUGUGUCAGUCAUGUUACAACAAAAUCAAGAAGUCAUCCAAAAAGGCGAAAAGCUAGCACAACACAACGAAACGAUGUUGAGGAACUCCAGAACGUAGGAGGGUGAAUGAAAGAGGAAUGUUGUAAACAUACAGGCUGCAGCAGUGAACGAGAAAAGGAAGAAAACGGCCGAUCUUCGUUGGUCAAAGACUAGAACAAAUCUGGUCAACACACUGCAUUGUUGUGGUGGACAGAGAGAGAGAGAGAGUACGAGCGAGUGUGGUUUACUUCCUGUAAGCACUUAAUUUCUUAACCUCUUGAAUAAUUUGUGAAGAGAAAACAAAGGAUGGAGGUUUAGAAAUCUAUCUUAAUUAUCCUAAAAUUUUGCGAACUUUACCUUUGCAUUUCAACAAGAAUAUGAUUCAUCUGAGCUUUGUUACACACUCGAUACAGUGUUUCAUCCGAUAUCCAGCCACCUCGAAGUCAGUUUGAAAAAGCAAUGCUACGCCUUGUCUUCUUUCCAACUUAUUUCUUGGUGGCUGGAUGUCGUGUUCCAUAUGUUAUGUCAUAGUCAGUUGAUGUAGAAAGACUUCAGUUUGGGCUUUUCUUAGAAGAAGGAAUCUGUAACACUGCAAGUUUGCGCCUGUUUCAUCUCAGUGUAUGAUUUUAGACUUGAAGAAGGUGUGGGUUCUUGUAGGUUACAAAUCCUCAACUUAAAACAAAAUCCGAUGAGACAAAAUAAAUCCGAUACUCCUUCCUUUCUGUAUUAGUCUAAGCUGACAACUUCUUAACCCUUUAAGCCCUUAGAGUGAUCAGCAUCAAAUUUCUCCUUGUAAUAUCAAUGCAUUGUAAAACAGGGUGGUCAUGAGAAUUACGGACAUGAUCACACAAGAUGAAUUUGCUUGAUAUUUUAUCAACUUGCCCCACUACUACUGUUAAUAGAGGCAACAAAUGAGAAUUCAAAUUUUGAUCUUAGGGUCUAAAGGGUUAUAUUUGCAAAUGCCGCUCUUCCCUCUUCCAGUUGUGUCAAAUUUUGUAGCUAGACCUUGACGCGUGACUAGAAAACGCCCAAAAACAUCUAUCAACUGAAAGUUAACUAAACUUGACCUUGGUAUUUCAUUUUCUUUUUUAUCUGCCUGUUAUUAAUUCUACGACUUUUAAAAUUCUUGGUAUUCUGUGAUUAUUUUAAUCGUUGAAAGAAUCAAAGUCCAAAUACGUUUUCUUAGUGCAUCAGCAAAUAUGGCACCAAUACGGUACCAAUACAGUACCGACAAUGUUAUCUAUAUAGCAUUUUUAAAACACUCCUCUCGCGUUUACCAAAAGAGUACUCUUUCCAGUAAUAUAUUGUGCUUAACGAAAUUCUAUACAUGAUGAAAAAUCUAUUAACGGGAUAAGAUAAGACUGUAAAUAACUUAUUUUCAAGAAGGGACAAUAAACCAGACUGAGGC